AUGGCCCACAGGCCAGACAGGAUAGCCAGGGGAGAACACGUGUUGACUCUGCUCAGAGGAAGUGAGCUAGUGAAAGAGGCAAAAUAUCCAUUGCCUUUGCGGCUAAAUAUGUAAACCAAAGCUCGUCACACGAUGUUUCCGUGUAAAACUUUACUGAUCUGCUCCUUCCUCGACGGGUUGUUAUUAGUUUUAGAGUCAAGCACAGAAUUGUUUAUGUUCUCUAAACAGUUAGCCUUGAAAUUGUGAAGCAAAGACAUAGGAAUGUAUUGGAAAAACGACAUACCCUUACCAUCUCUUUCAUUUCAUACCAUCUUUUCCCUUCUCUUUUCAACUCUGACUUGUGCUCCUCUUUGCGUCCUCAAACUAUUUGUCUUGACUCUCACGAAGGUCAAUGCUAGGGAGGGAAAAGGGAGCUCUAAAAAUAUAGACAACUCCCCAGGAAGCAGAAAUCAAUGGCAAGGAAUUCCUUGAUAUUUCAUUUUUUAUUGAAUUUGUUUGUUUUUGUCAAUUUGUUCCCCAUAUGAUGAUUUGUUACCAGUGAUAGUAUUCAAUAUUUCACAUACACAACCUACUUAUAAACCAAACUACAUUAUAGCGCUCUGAUGAGGUGGUGUUCUCAGCUAUUUAUUUGUCAGUUUGUUAGGAUGGCUUUGCUUGAAUAAACAGCAAGGUAAGGCAGCCUUGUAGUAUAGAUGCAGAAACAUGUUUGCUAAACUCAUUGUGAAGAAAUAGGAUCAGUGCUUGACUGUUUUGUAGCAGAAUAGUGCUAUCCUUGGUGUUUUCCUAAAUGGCUUUGCUUGUCAAUGGAAUAGUCUCAACCACUCUCCAAUGUGUCCAGUCAGACCCAAACCAUACAGGUGUCUCUAAACCAGUCAACAAAGUGACCAGAGGUCUCAGUAGCACCUCCUGCUUCACUCGUCCCCAAGAAGUGGGCCCCUUCCCUGAGGUCCCUGUGCAAACACUACCCUCUGAGGUUCCAGUGGGCUUCAGUGUACAAUAUGGGACCCACCCAGGCUGUCUGCUAGCUCCCUCCCCAUCUCUCCUCCUGCGUGGAGGGGGACAUCGGCUGGGCAAACAGCACCGGAACCUGAUCUCUAAAUUUACACACCGCCUCCCACUGAGUCAGCCGCUGGCCACUGGCGGUCAUACAUUCCUACUGCAUGUCUCCUACACAGUGCAGUAUGCAACCAAGUCCAUCUGUGAUAAGGUCGGACAUAUAUGUGUCAUUCAGUAGGCAUGAACUUGGUCCUGAGAGACGAGUUUCACUGCCUCUCUGGCAGGGAGGGGUCGUCACUGACUCCACAGUGAGUAAUGUGCUUCCUGCGCCUGACAGGAAGUAGGACUCACCUCCUCCGUCCUUGCUCACACAGAACAGACCCCCCCCCCACACACACACACACACACUCUCCCAUGUGAAGCUCCAGGACUGUCUACACUCCGCCAUCAGUGUGGGCCUGUUUGGAGUUAGAGGGCCUAAUCAAGUUGUAUAAGCUGUUCUAUACUGGCUUUCCAGUAGCUUGAUUCUCAUGGGAACUCCUGAUUUUGUCAUAAGAGCUUCCUAACUUACUGGUUCUUAUGUUUUCAUCGGAUCUAUACAGUAGAUUGAGUUUCCAUGAAGAAGGUUGAAGAUGUCAAACUCAUAGCUACAUAUUUCUGUACCCUCUCUACUGUAUUAUGCAAACUUUUUCGUGUAUGCCUGUGUGUGUGCCAUCACUAUCUGAGAGACCUUACUAUCCCUUUUAUCUGAGAUUGAUGUCCCUAAAAGUCCAUGAUGAAAUGAAAGUGAGUGUCUUGAAUCUCCAUGUCCUUACCGGCCUUUCUACCCUCUCGCUGCAGUACAUACUAUCUCAGCCCAAAUUCUGGGCAGUGGAGGUGACGGCGCUGUGUCUAUGGACCAACCUCGAGAGGGGCAGCUCUCGACGGGUGGAGAGGGCCAUGAUGCAGACACAGGUAAGAGAGAUGAGGGGUCACACAAACAAGGGGUUGGAUUCAACGAGAUACUCUAUGACACACUGAUGGCGAACAACACUAUUGGUAGCCCUCAAUCUCAAGUCUGAUACUGUACAUAAAUGCACAGAAUCAGCCUAUAUUAUUUAUAAGGCCAGUAAUGCUGAUCUGUCAAGUGAAGGCACUUGGCAUCAUACCAUUUCCAGGGCUUACGUGCACAAUUAUAUAAAUUCCAUACCUGGAUUUACAUUUUCUGUAUGUCACAUAUGUCACAUCAUUAGCACAACAGUCUGCAAGCAGAACAUGUGCUGCAUGCCUUCUGAAAUCCACACAGCCAGACUCUUCAAAUCAGUAUUCCCACUGAGCUGUCUCUGAAAGCACAGGGGACCUGUGAAUAACCCGGUUCCUGUACCCGGCAGGAUAUUUGUCAUGGUGUCUGUCUGUGAAGCCAGCCCACCCUCCUCUCUUCUCCCUCGCCGUCAGAGGAGAGAGGAAGCCACAGUUUAAGCCCCUGUAUGAGGUGAUUUAGUGUGGGACUGGCAACCUAGGAAUCUACAUGGGAAACUGAGGGAGAGCUUCCUUCUGUUGUGAUGGGCAGUUUUGGGGGAUGUUUAGACUUACUACAGUACCAUUCUCAAGAAUGCAAGUACUUUACCAAUGUUUCCACACCCCUUUUUGCAGACAAUCUCUCUCACAGACAUACUUAUACUUGCCCAUGCACAGAUGUAUGAUCUGGGAAUAAUUUAUACUCUUCUCAGGGCUGCUUCAAACUGAUGGGGAUGACAUCAUGUUGUGUGUGCCUGUUGCUCUAUCCAGUCCCAGCUUCAGUGUUCCAGGUGUACAAGUGAGCUGUCAGUCGUAGACAGACGAGGUCAGAGUCAUAAAGCAGGAGGUUGGGGCCUGGUAUAUGACGGUCCGACGUCUGGUAUAGAACAGGAGACUCUUAAAGCAGCCAGACACUAGUGCUGCCCCAUGGUUUUGUGACAUAAAGGAAAGAGAAAAUGAAAGUCUGGUUUCAAUCUCCCUAGCUUCCCCUCCUAAAAUGUUUGCACACGGAGCUCUGCACUCUUAUCCCAAACCUGAUUUGACAGACAGGACCUGGAGGGGGCGAAACAGCUGACAGGCGGGGGGGGGGUUCAGUCAUCUAGGGGGGUGGGGGAGUCGCCUGUCCAUCACCGUGCAAGGAAGACGUCAAUCACUCACCGAUCCCACCACUGACACCAAGCCCAUCUCCACCCAGCCCUAAUCCCCUGUGAGACAGACACGCUCAAUCACCGUUUCUCCCAGAACGCCAGAACCCAAAGAGAGACACAUCAGAGCGAGGAUUGACAGGCCGCUCACACGCACCAAUGACUGAGUUGGGGGGAAUGGAGAAAAUAAAAUAGUUUGCCCUCCUUUGUUUCAAAUUCUUUCUCCUUCACGCUGAUGUGUUUUGACUUAAAAUGUCCUUGGCUGCUGGAAGGGGGAAAAGUGGAGGAAAUAUGUAAUGUGUUGAGUUGUUUCAUGUCGGAGCAGGAAUUAUGAACCCUGUCCUGCUCCUAUAAGCAACUUGGGCGACUUCUGUGAGGAAGCUGUAAGCUGGGCCCACAGUGGGUGGGUGUUUAUCGCAAUCAAGCCCCUCCUUGGGUGGAAUACAUAGCAGUGGCACUAAUGGCUGCCCCUCAAGGGAAUGAGUGAUUAGAAAAAACUGCACUUCCCUCGCUUUGUUGUCUGUCAUUUCCUCCCUUCUUUCCUGUGUUUGAGAGUGGACACCCAAAGUCCAGAUGUAGACUGACCUGAGGGAAGGCUAGGUGAAAUUCCCUUCCUAUCAUCUGAUUGAUUUAUCUUUUCUCUUGCUCUUUUAAAGGUUUCACUCUCUUCAUUUAGUAAUGUGACAUACACUGACUGUACAAAACAUUAAGAAUACCUUCCUUACAUGGAGUUGCACCCCCUCCCCUUUUGCUCCCCAGAACAGCCUCAGUUCGUCGAAAUGUUCAACAUGGAUGCUGGCCCAUGUUGACUCGAAUGCUUCCCACAGUUGUGGCAAGUUGUUUCCAGCGCCGGAAGAAGAUGGCUGCCGUUUACAGCCCUCUACCAAUUGUUACUAUUAUGUGUGUUUUCGCGUUAUUUGUAAUUUAUUUGGGUACAUAAUGUUUCUGCCAUCGUCUCUUAUAACCAAAGAGAGCUUUAUGAUAUUCAGGACGCAUUACUCACUGGUAUUGGACGAAGACUUUUUCUUCAACGAGCGUUCGCGAAGGAUAUUCUACAGACUCCCGACAAGGCCCAGAUCCCCGUCAUUCGAGUGAGGAGAGACGGAGAAUAUCGUGGACGCAGAUCGGGUGCCUUGUAAGGAUCCGACGGCGAACGAGUAAACUGCCUCUUCCAUCAAUCCUAUUAGCCAACGUUCAAGCUUUUGAGAAUAAAAUGGACGAUUUAAGAUUACGGUUAUCCUACCAACGGGACAUUAAAAACUGUAAUAUCUUAUGUUUCACGGAGUCGUGGCUGAACGACAACAAUGACAACAUUCAGCUAGCAGGCUAUACGCUACAUCGGCAGGACAGAACGGCAGACUCCGGUAAGACGAGGGGCGGCGGUCUGUGUAUAUUUGUAAACAACAGCUGGUGCACAAAAUCAAAUACUAAGGAAGUCUCAAGGUUUUGCUCGCCUGAGGUAGAGUAUCUUAUGAUAAGCUGUAGACCACACUAUUUACCAAGAGAGUUUUCAUCUAUAUUUUUCAUAGCUGUCUAUUUACCACCACAAACCAAUGCUGGCAUUAAGAUUGCACUGAAUGAGUUGUACAAGGCCAUUAAUCAACAGGAAAACGCUCAUCCAGAUGCAGCGCUCCUAGUAGCCGGGGACUUUAAUGCAGGGAAACUUAAAUCCGUUCUACCUCAUUUCUACCAGCAUGUUAAAUGUGCAACCAGAGGGGAAAAAACUCUAGACCACCUUUACUCCACACACAGAGACGCAUACAAAGCUCUCCCUCGCCCUCCAUUUGGCAAAUCUGACCAUAACUCUAUCCUCCUGAUUCCUGCUUAUAAGCAAAAACUGAAGCAGGAAGCACCAGUGAUUCGGCUAAUAAAAAAGUGGUCAGAUGACGCAGAUGCUAAGCUACAGGACUGUUUUGCUAGCACAGACUGGAACAUGUUCCGGGAUUAUUCAGACAGCAUUGAGGAGUACACCACAUCAGUCACUGGCUUCAUCAAUAAGUGCAUCGAUGAUGUCGUCCCCACAGUGACCGUACGUACAUACCCCAACCAGAAGCCAUGGAUUACAGGAAACAUCCGCACUGAGCUAAAGGGUAGAGCUGCCGCUUUCAAGGAACGGGACUCUAACCCGGACGCUUAUAAGAAAUCCCGCUAUGACCUCCGACGAACCAUCAAACAGGCAAAGAGUCAAUACAGGUCUAAGAUUGAAUCAUACUACACUGGCUCUGACGCUCGUCGGAUGUGGCAGGGCUUGAAAACUAUUACAGACUACAAAGGGACGCACAGCCGCGAGCUGCCCAGUGACACAAGCCUACCAGACGAGCUAAACCACUUCUAUGCUCGCUUCGAGGCAAGCAACACUGAAGCAUGCAUGAGAGCACCAGCUGUUCCGGACGACUAUGUGAUCACGCUCUCCGUAGCCGAUGUGAGUAAGACUUUUAAGCAGGUCAACAUUCACAAGGCCGCAGGGCCAGACGGAUUACCAGGACGUGUACUCCGAGCAUGUGCUGACCAACUGGCAAGUGUCUUCACUGACAUUUUCAACAUGUCCCUGACUGAGUCUGUAAUACCAACAUGUUUCAAGCAGACCACCAUAGUCCCCGUGCCCAAGAACUCUAAGAUAACCUGCCUAAAUGACUACCGACCCGUAGCACUGACGUCUGUAGCCAUGAAGUGCUUUGAAAGACUGGUCAUGGCUCACAUCAACAGCAUAAUCCCAGAAACCCUAGACCCACUCCAAUUUGCAUACCGCCCCAACAGAUCCACAGAUGAUGCAAUCUCUAUCGCACUCCACACUGCCCUUUCCCACCUGGACAAGAGGAACACCUACGUGAGAAUGCUAUUCAUUGACUACAGCUCAGCAUUCAACACCAUAGUGCCCUCAAAGCUCAUCACUAAGCUAAGGAUCCUGGGACUAAACACCUCCCUCUGCAACUGGAUCCUGGACUUCCUGACGGGCCGCCCCCAGGUGGUAAGGGUAGGUAACAACACAUCUGCCACACUGAUCCUCAACACGGGGGCCCCUCAGGGGUGCGUGCUCAGUCCCCUCCUGUACUCUCUGUUCACCCAUGACUGCAUGGCCAGGCACGACUCCAACACCAUCAUUAAGUUUGCCGACGACACAACAGUGGUAGGCCUGAUCACCGACAACGAUGAGACAGCCUAUAGGGAGGAGGUCAGAGAUCUGGCCGUGUGGUGCCAGGACAACAACCUCUCCCUCAACGUGACCAAGACAAAGGAGAUGAUUGUGGACUACAGGAAAAAAAAGAGGACUGAGCACGCCCCCAUUCUCAUCGACGGGGCUGUAGUGGAACAGGUUGAGAGCUUCAAGUUCCUUGGUGUCCACAUCACCAACGAACUAUCAUGGUCCAAACACACCAAGACAGUCGUGAAGAGGGCACAACAAAGCCUAUUCCCCCUCAGGAGACUAAAAAGAUUUGGCAUGGGUCCUCAGAUCCUCAAAAAAUUAUACAGCUGCACCAUCGAGAGCAUCCUGACUGGUUGCAUCACCGCCUGGUAUGGCAACUGCUUGGCCUCUGACCGCAAGGCACUACAGAGGGUAGUGCGUACGGCCCAGUACAUCACUGGGGCAAAGCUCCCUGCCAUCCAGGACCUCUAUACCAGGCGGUGUCAGAGGAAGGCCCUCAAAAUUGUCAAAGACUCCAGUCACCCUAGUCAUAGACUGUUCUCUCUGCUACCGCACGGCAAGCGGUACCGGAGUGCCAAGUCUAGGUCCAAAAGACUUCUCAACAGCUUCUACCCCCAAGCCAUAAGACUCCUGAACAGCUAAUCAUGGCUACCCGGACUAUUUGCACUGCCCCCCCACCCCAUCCUUUUUACGCUGCUGCUACUCUGUUAAGUAUUUAUGCAUAGUCACUUUAACUCUACCCACAUGUACAUAUUACCUCAACUACCUCAACUAGCCGGUGCCCCCGCACAUUGACUAUGCAACGGUACCCCCCUGUAUAUAUAGCCUCCCUACUGUCACUUUAUUUUAUUGUAUAUAUAGCCUCCCUACUGUCACUUUAUUUUACUUCUGCUCUUUUUUUCUCAACACUUUUUUGUUGUUGUUUUAUUCUUACUUUUUUGUUUAAAAUAAAUGCACUGUUGGUUAAGGGCUGUAAGUAAGCAUUUCACUGUAAUGUCUGCACCUGUUGUAUUCGGCGCAUGUGACCAAUAAAAUUUGAUUUGAUUUGAUUUGAAGUUGGCUGGAUGUCCUUUGGGUGGUGGACCAUUCUUGAUACAAACGGGAAACUGUUGAGCGUGAUAAACCCAGCAGCGUUGCAGUUCUUGACACAAACUGGUGCGCCUGGCACCUACUACCAUACCCUGUUCUUAAAUAUUUUGUCUUGCCCAUUCGUCCUCUGAAUGGCACACAUACACAAUCCAUGUCUGUUGUCUCAAGGCUUAAAAAUCCUUCCCCAAUUCAUCUACACUGAUUUGAAGUGGAUUUAACAAAUGACAUCAAUAAGGGAUCAUAGCUUUCACAUGGAUUCACCUGGUCAGUCUAUGUCAUGGAAAGAGCAAGUGUUCUUAAUGUUUUGUAGACUGUAUAUCCAGGAAAAAAUGGGCUAUUUCAGUAUGAGGUUCCUUGUUUCAUAAUUCUAUUACAGCCAAUUACUUUGUUAAUUACAGUCUAUUACUCUCCUAUCAGAGACUUGUAGACAUUGAAAAGCACAGGAUCUUUACCAGACAGGCUUUACUGUUAUUAGUUCAAUCAAGCUAUUUCUUAUUUUAUUAAGGCAGUAGUGGUGUAAAAAAUAUAAUAUACAGUCAGUUACUUUUAUUUCCCUGGCAUGCCAUAAUUAGGUAUUUGUUUUCACAAAGGUCAUUAGGUGUAAUGCAAACUGGGCUGCUGUUUCUGAUGAAUGAAACCAAUAGCCAAGCCAACACCAGUAGUGAGUAGUUUAUGACACAUGUAGCUGGAGGACAUUCCUAGCAAUUGUCCUUAUUUAGUUUAACGGCCUUACAUUUUUGGAACUUGUUCCAUCCAAACAAGGGUAUUGAAAGUGCACUGGUCUUAUUCUGAAUGCAAAUUUAAUAUUUAUGCAACCUGUCAGAUGGGGUGUUUUCCUUCCUUGUGCAGUUGUAUAAAAUCAAUAUUUUCUGGUUUACUGUAUACUCAUUCAAUAUACUUUACUUUAGAACCACCAUCUGCAAUAAUUGUGUUCACAGAGCAACUAAUAACUCAGUUCAGUGAAUGGGGAUGUUUUUACUCACCAAUCUCCCCCACUACCUCUCAUCUUCUCUGAACCACUCCCCAGUAGCCUGUGGCUCUCUCCGAAGGGUCUCUGGUCUACCAGAGCUCACCACAUGCCAACCCUGUUUGUGCUUUGAAGCUAUCCACUGGCCGUGGAGAAACAAAAUUAGUUAUUAGUCAUCCGCAGAACAAACAAACCUUGCUUGCCAUUAAGGGAAACUGAUGGCAUCAAGCCAACUGGAAAUUUAAUUUCCAGAUGAGGUUGAUGUUCAUCCAUAGGAACCGUCCUCGCUCUCCUUUCAAACUGGAAUUUCCCUCCAAUUGCUGGUUGUGUUGUGAGACUAGUUAUCAGUUCUUUCACACCUGUCAACUAAUGCAAACCUUUUAAUAGAAAAUAGGUUUUAUUCUCUGCCUUUCUACCCUCCGACAUUAGACUUUGUGCAGUCCACACUGUCGGUGAAAUGCUAGCAGAUAUUGGUCUGUGGAUGAUUGACAUAUCCCAUUUUGGAGGAUGGUUGAAUGUGCAGAGGAAGUAUUUCAUCCUGGAGCAUCAAAGCCUUUGAAGCCGAGAGCUCUAUCCUUUAAUCGUGACAGCUGAUCGGCUUUGCCUCCAUGAAUUCCUCUUCUGAGCUUUGCUGUUAGGAUGUCAAACCUCCAACAGAUGACAUGGCACAGGAUUGACACCUACACUUCUCCGAUAUACCCCCAAAAGGUAGUACAGGCCUCCUGUAGCUCAGUUGGUAGAGCAUGGCGCUUGCAACGCCAGGGUUGUGGGUUCGAUUCCCACGGGGGGGCAGUAUGAAAAAUGUAUGCACUCGCUAACUGUAAGUCGCUCUGGAUAAGAGUGUCUACUAAAUGACUAAAAUGUAAAUGUAAAUGAUAACAUAGCCUUUUUUUAGGCAACAGCCGUGUAAGUCACUUGGAUGUGCUACCUUUUCCAUCUUACAAAUUCUUUGUAGGGGGGAACAAAAGUCCUGAGGAAUUUAACUUUAGGUUCAUAAAGAACAGAACCCAACUGCAUGCAUUAUCAAAUUAGAGCACCAACAAUGUUAGAGCAAGGAAAAAUGUCAUUUUCUCUAGUUGGUUUUGUGCAUUGUUUCUCUGUAGCAAAAGAGAGCACUUACAUCGACCUGGAAGACUGAAAGCUUGCUCUCAAACACAAGUGCAAAGGCUGUUUGUUUUGGCAUGAAUAGACACACAGUCCCAUUAAAUUCCUCAUUCUGUUGAAUUCUUACAGCUUUCGUUUUGCACUUGCUGUGUGCCCGCUCCCACUGCAGGCUGCCUGUUUUGACACACUGCGUCACUCGCUCUGACAGUGUCAGAGACUGGUGUUUUAAAUGGAAAGAUUGACUCUUAACGGUUGACUGGGCACACUCAUUCGUAGACAAGGUUUGUUUUGGUUGUUACCGGUUGCCAGAGAGGAUCUGCUGUUGCUUGUUGACAGGAUUUAGUUAGAUAUUUUAUUGGUAAAGACAACUUCGCCAACCACCCAUUAAACUGACAUAGACAAAAGAUUAACAUUGAUGAAAAUCAUUUGGGCAGAUGAGUAGUAAUGGUCUUUGAGGGAGCUAGAUCAGUAUUAAUCGGAAGCAGUGUCAGUUUGACGUCGACACUUUGACAGGGCAUUGGAUUUGUCUUUCAGAGUUAAAAAGGUAGGAAUGCUUUUUGUCUGAGUAUAUGUGUCUAGGUGUCUGUGUCCCCAGAAAAUGUAAUCACCGUGACUCACCUCUGGAUUUCUUCCAUCCCAGGCUGUAAAAUACUGUAUAUCCUGUAUCACUCUUACCCAAUUUCCUCUUAAUUUCUUAUACAAGGAGCCCAAUCACGUCCAAGCUGCCCAACUCCAUCUACUGCUUAUAAUUAAACACAAUCGGGAUCCAUAUCUCAUUACAGGAGACUGGGCCCUGUCCACAUCCCACUGAUAACAACACCCAACCCAGCCAGAACAACAGGACUGAGGUUGAGGUUUAUAUGCCAUGUUAUAGGAUGUUCGAAUUCAGAAAUUAAGAAACAAUCUCAUCGUUGUUAAAUACUUAACUGUGAGUCAAGACCCAUUUUAGACAGACAAAUUGGAUAGCAGUCAGCUGUGGCUCAUUUGGUGUGGCUGUGAGAAUUGUGUUUACUAUUUAUUCCUUGUCUUCCUGGAUGCCCUCAGCCAGUGUUCAUUGAGUACCUAAUGUUUCCUUGCCCAUUGCAUAACCUGUCAAUACAACAGCGAUUGAGACAAAAGAGAGCUCUAAACCAGAUAUCAGGGUUGCACACUGUCAAUCAAUGCUCGUUUAGACCUGCUUCACCCACACCUCAAUCAAUCAGUACAUUACAAGUUGCUCUUGACUUGCUCUACCAACUUUGCAGUUUAAAUUCCUUUAAUUUUGGGGGGUUAGUAUUGGCACUUUGCCUGGGUAUGACUGUCUAUGUUGGUUGUCUCUCCUCUCCUCCAGACUAUAGUGGAUUACUUUGAGGAGAAGAGCUGUCCUGUGACGGAACGUCUGAAACUCUUCUACUGCUGCCAGGCUCCUCCCAGAUGGGCUGUCCAGGUAACACCCCCUCAUUACACCAUCACCGCUGAUUGGGUUUCUGAUUUAUGCUGAUUGACUUUGAAUUGGUUUCGUUCCCCUGGGAAUGUGAACUUCCUAUUGAGAGCCAAUUCACUGUAACUGAAGUACCACACAGAGCAAUGUCUUCCAUCAAAGCUUUGACUUAUGACUUGACCCAUUGUAAGUCAUGGCCAUGAUAAAAACAUUAUUUACGUCAGGCUUAUAUGAGUGAACCCUAAGUCAGGAGAAAAGGAUGGGACCCAUCUGCUAGAGGGACUGUCUUUGAACUCCAUCACCACCGUGCUGGUCAUAUGUGAGUAGCUAGUGCGUCAGAGCCCUGAUCUAAUCUGGACACUUGGCAUUCAGACAAUAUAUCUGUCAGGCUGAAGCUCUGUGUUUGCGCCGGCUGCUUUCAAGCCAAAGGCCACCUGAUGGCCUCCUCCACUCUAGGAUGGCCACUAAAACAGUACAUCUAUGUCCUUCAUCAACUACCAGACAGUUAUUGCCCCUCAGGGUAGGAGCUGCAUUAACCAUGUAGUUUAUAUAUGGUGUUGCAAGUAAGGCUCAUCUGUUUUUCUCUGUCUGUGUAUAUAUUCUGGGAGAUGAAGAGUGAGUGAUGAGUAUUUUUGUUAGUCUGUAUUUGUAGCUUUCAGAAAGAUGGUUUGUCAACCGUGGAUGUUUAUUUGUGUUGUAUUUUGUGUUGACUGUGCCGUUCCUGGCACAUAGUCAGUUUCUUCUUCCUCUUACUACAUAGAAAUGACAGCAUCUGGCAGCGAAGGCGUUUUGAGCAGUGGCAUUUGCUUACAUUUUCAGCUGGUUGGAAAUGUUUCCCCUUUUAAUUAACUAUUUGCUGUUGUCCAAAGCCAAUGCUCCUCAAUACCAUCAGUCAAUACAAUGUUUACCUAGGUAGAGUGGGAGACCCACAGACAGACAUAAAAAGGGUGAGAGGUAGAUUGGUAGGGACAGGCCUGCCCAACAGAUGCGGGAGAAGAGGUGAGAUUGCAAGGGAGAAGGGAAGCAAGAUAUUGUAGGGGUGUAAGAAAGGGAGGGAGGAAGAGAUAUGGCAAGGAAGAGGGAGAUUGAGGGGGAGAGUGUAGAAGAGAGGGGAAAGAAAAAGAGAUCAGUCGGGCAGGAUACAUUGCCCAGGCUCCAUGUAAUAACGGCGAACAGCAAUAAAGCUGGAAUUGAAGGCACCCUUUUAUUGCCGCCUGGGGAAUUGAACGUGCAAGCAAGGCAGAGAAUCGUGGGGCUUUGAUAAUGCAUUUUCUCCUCAGCGAGGCGUGUAACUAUGGCCAUGCCUGCGCACAGAGGAGCUGUGUUGGGAGAGGAACGACAGGGAGAUGGGUUGAGAUAGCCGAUAUUGUAGGUCAGGGUUCCCCAACUGACGCCCCCCCAUUGCUGUUCACAGUGAUUUUAUCUGAUCUCCAAAGUUUUCUGAGCAAAAAUUAAAAGUUUUUUGUUUUAUAAUAUUUUUAUUGUUGGACAUAAAAGACUGCAAAAACACCUGCAAAUCAGCUCCAAGUGAUUUUAAUUUCAGAAAUCUGUUCCAAAGUAUUCCCAUGCAUAAUAGAGAUAUGUGAUCGUCAGGGUGGAAAAUUAACUUUUUGGUCCACCAGCCACUGUGGCAGGUAGAUUGAAAAAUCGACCAUGCCCUGAGCUCGUGAAGUGAGCGCUACUGAAGCUAAAUUGGAGCGGGCGAGAAGGCCGACGCUCCAGCCUUUGGGAAACUCUCUCCACGCUCCAGUCAAAUUAGGCACGCUCACAUAUUUUGGCCUGUGUACGUAGUUAAAAGGUUGAGUAAGUACAUUUUUGUCCACAAAUCUACCCACAUUUCUGUAAAUAGUUUAUGAUAAGUGAAUGACAUAAUGUAGUUAUUUUGUUAGAUAUUUCUCCCUAUUAGCUCAAAUCUUAUAUUUUCCUAUACAAUUUUUGCUGUCUCGCUAGCUUUUCGAUCCGAACAAUAGUAUCCCUCCUCUCCCUACCCCCCCAGCAGUAUUUAGAUUUGGUUAAUUAAUUACCUCAGCUGGCCCUUAGCGCCGUCCGCCGCGGGUAAACAAACCCGCCCUAGUUACGUCUCUCUCCUUGCUCUUUAACCGUUUACACUUGUGGGAAUUAGCCUAUAUGGAUAGGGCUAAAUUGAAGUGUUUUUUUACAGAAGACCUAUACAAAGCAUAUGCAUAACCAUGGUAGCAAUUGAAAGGGAACAGUUUCGAGGUUAUGGGAAAGUUAGGUGAGGACACAACAGUUCACCUGACACAAGACUGAAUCCAAACAUGACACUAUUGAUUUUGUGAAUUUUACAUUUACUGUUGUUUUCGCUGCAUUUGUUUAUAACGAAAUCUGAAAAUACUCUGGAUACAUUCAGUAACAUUAUAAGAAUAUUUCUGGAAAAUGUGGGGUAGGUGCAACAUAAGACAAAAAAAUGACAAGGUUUGAGUGAGAGGACUAACUGGUGACUCCAAGUAGCCACACACCUCUCCAAGUGUGCGAAGUUCAAAACUAAUUUCAAUGCACUUUUAUGACUCAAAGAAGAGUCUUUUUUUUUUGCUCUCCUAGGUGUGCUGUUGAGGAACUAGAUCAAGCACACUUGUAGUUGUUUUAUUUGGAACACAACCCUGCAUCCCGCCUCACACAAUUACUGAAGGGCCGGACCAUCUUUUAUUGGUCUGGGCUGGUGGAAAAAAAUUAAUGAUUAAAAAAAGAUAUACUGUGUAUAUAUACCCUGAGUAUACCAAACAUUAUGAAUACCUUCCUAAUAUUGAGUUGCAACCCCCUCCCCCGCCCAGAACAGCCUCAAUUCGUCGGGGCAUGGACUCUACAAGAUGUCGAAAGCGUUCCACAGGGAUGCUGGCCCAUGUUGACUCAAAUGCUUCCCACGGUUGUGUCAAGUUGGCUGGAUGUCCUUUGGGUGGUGGACCAUUCUUGAUACACACGGGAAACUGUUGAGUGUGAAAAACCCAGCAGCAUUGCAGUUCUUGACACAAACCGGUGCACCUGGCACCUACUACCAUACCCCGUUCAAAGGCACGUACAUUUUUUGUCUUGCCCAUUCACCCUCUGAAUAGCGCACAUGCACAAUCCAUGUCUGUUGUCUCAAUGCUUAAAAAUCCUUCUUUGACCGGUCUUCUCCCCUUCAUCUACACCAGCGUUUCCCAAACUCAUUCCUUGGGACCCCAAGUGGUACACGUUUUGGUUUUUGCCAUAGCUUUACACAGCUGAUAAAAAAGAAUCAAGCUUUGAUCAUUUGAAUAUGCUGUGUAGUGUUAGGUCAAGAAACUAAACGUGCACCCCUUGGAGUCGUGAGGACUGAGUUUGGGAAACGCUGAUCUACACCAACCUUUUCUGAGUCAAGAUCACUUUCUGAGUCAAUAUGCAAGCCGAGCUCUACCGCUCAUUUUUUUUUUAUAUGACUUAAAUAUCGUAAGCCUAUGCAAUAUUAACCAAUUAAAAACAGUUUUGUAGCAGUAAGGUUUGUGCAGUAGGCUAUAGUUGAGGCUGCCUCUCACCCGACUCACCGUCCCUCCGCUCUCCCUCCCUCCACUGAGAAAAGGGGACAGUCUUCCAGCUAAUGGCAAAACAAGUCACACUACAUUAUUUCUGCGUCAUGCACCAAUUCAUGUUACUCCUAUGACCAGGGUUAAAUAUUCCUCUAUGAAAAAAGACACGCCGCUAAUAAUAACGCAAGCUUAUCGGAACACUUUGCUUUACUCAUUCAUUGCAGCUGCAGUGGAAGUAGGGAGAACAUGCAUUUUAUGGCUUAUAAAAGUGUUGAACAAACUGUUGACACUGCUGAAUAACAACUUAAUCAUGAACUUACUCGUAAAAACAGCAGCUCUUUGCUGUAUUCGUUGAGUCUCUCUAGUCAUGGUUUUAAAAGUUUUGAAAUCUCACAGUAUCAGCUUUGCUGUACAUUCGAGGUUUAUUUUUACAGUCUAUGGCUGAUUGGCCAGCAGUAGGCCUAUACUACAGGAAAAGGAGGGCCGAGCAUGCCCCCAUUCUCAUUGACGGGGCUGUAGUGGAGCAGCUUGAGCGCUUCAAGUUCCUUGGUGUCCACAUCACCAACAAACUAUCAUGGUCCAAACACACCAAGACAGUUGUGAAGGAGGCAAGACAACGCCUAUUCCCCCUCAGGAGACUGAAAAGAUUUGGCAAAGUUAUACAGCUACACCAUCGAGAGCAUCCUGACUGGUUGCAUCACCGCCUGGUAUGGCAACUGCUUGGCCUCCGACCGCAAGGCGCUACAGAGGGUAGUGCGUACGGCCCAGUACAUCACUGGGGCCAAGCUUCCUGCCAUCCAGGACCUCUAUACCAGGCGGUGUCAGAGGAAGGCCCUACAAAUUGCCAAAUACUCCAGACACCCUAGUCAUAGACUGUUCUCUCUGCUACCGCACGGCAAGCGGUACCGGAGCGGUCCAAAAGGCUUCUUAACAGCUUCUACCCCCAAGCCAUAAGACUGCUGAACAGCUAAUCAAAUGGCUGUUUACACUGCUGCUACUCGCUGUUUAUUAUCUAUGCAUAGUCACUUUACCCCUACCAAUAUGUACAUAUUACCUCAAUUACCUCGACUAACCUGUACCACCGCACAUUGACUCGGUAACGGUACCCCCUGUAUAUAGUCUCGUUAUUGUUAUUCUAUUGUAGCUCUUUUAGUUUUUACUUUAGUUAGUUUAGUUUUUCCUAACUCUUAUUUUUCUUAAAACUGCAUUGUUGGUUAAGGGCUUGUAAGUAAGCAUUUCACGGUAAGGACUACACCUGUUGUAUUCGGCGCAUGUGACAAAUAAAAUGUCACUAUUGAUUUGAUAGGUGCGCUUGAUUUGCUCUCUGGGCAUGCCAGGUAGGCGGAGUUCUACCUUCAGACACAUGAAAUUAUUCAAAAUGGGAACACUCUGCCUACCCUGCGCAAGGCUGCUGAAUCAAGUGCACCUACCGGCAACGGCGUAAAACACAUUUUAAAAAAUGGAACGCAAGGCUUUAUCGUUGUUGUUUUUUUACAGAAAUGUUUGGUGAUCGACUAGGAAUGCCUUGAAGAUCAACCAGUCCAUCGCGAUCGACCGGUUGGUGACCACUGAUCUACACUGAUUUGAAGUGGAUUUAACAAGUGACAUCAAUAGGGAGAUCAUAGCUUUCAUCUGUAUUCACCUGGUCAGUUUGUCAUGGAAAGAGCAGGUGUUCUUAAUGUUUUGUGCACUCUGUGUAUACAGUGCAUUCGGAAAGUAUUCAGACCCCUUGACUUUUUCAAAAUUUUGUUACGUUACAGCCUUAUUCUAAAAUUGAUUAAAUAAAACAUUUUCCUCAUCAAUCUACACACAAUACCCCAUAAUGACAAAGUGAAAACAGGUUUUUAGACAUUUUUGCAAAUGUAUUAAAACUACAAAACAGAAACAACUUAUUUAUUCAGACUCUUUGCUAUGAGACUCGAAAUUAAGUUCAGUUGCAUCCUGUUUCUAUUGAUCAUCCUUGGGAGGUUUCUACAACUUGAUUGGAGUCCACCUGUGGUAAAUUCAAUUGAUUGGACAUGAUUUGGAAAGGCACCCACCUGUCUAUAUAAGAUCCCACAGUUGACAGUGCAUGUCAUAGCAAAAACCAAGCCAUGAGGUCGAAGGAAUUGUUACUAGAGCUGUGUGUGGUCCCCAAGAACAUAGUGGCUUCCAUCAUUCUUAAAUGGAAGAAUUUUGGAACCACCAAGACUCUUCCUAGAGCUGGCCGCCCGGCCAAACUGAGCAAUCGAGGGAGAAGGGCCUUGGUCAGGGAGGUGACCAAGAACCCGAUGGUCACUGUGACAGAGCUCUUUGGAUGUAACAAAUAAACUUGAAACGGGGGAAUGUUUACUAAUUGCUCAGGAGGUAAAGGGGAAGUCAGAUGUGUGUAAUACAUUUGACUAGUUGUGGAAAAUACUGAAGAUCAAGAAAAAGAAGGUAUGGAGCAAGCGCUGCGUGCAUAUUACGUGUGCCAAACAGGUGCUGUUAGAUUACAAUAUAAUUUUUCUGACCGUUUGGAACAAUGUAAACACAAAUUAGAUUAUAAGCGUACCAGAGUGUUGUAAUAAAAAAAAAAAUAUAUAUUUGUUUGUAAAGCCUUUAUUACAGCAAAGACUAAAAACAGUCACAUUCAUUCGUGAAUGCAAUUUCCGAAAUGGAACAAUUUAGGCCUAUUUAUUGUUUACGAUAAUUAUUCAAAGCUUGCUUUGUUAUUAUAAAACGAAAAUGCUUGAUUGCAUUUCACAUCAUGAAUUACUCGUAUGCAUUGUGAUGACCUGAACAAAUAAAUAAUUGAUUGAUACAGUAGCCUAUAUAAGUAUUAAAAUAUAGGCCUAAGUAAGUUAUGGUAUUAAGACUAAACAGGAUGUGCUCUUAGGCCUACAGCUCGAUGGUGGUUAUACAAGGCUGCUAUACUAAGCCUACUAAUGAUAAUGACAUUACUUACUAUUAUAAUGAUGAUCACAAUAAUAAUAGUAAUAUUAACAAUAAGAAGGAAAAAGGAGGGUUAUUAUUAUAUAAUAUUUUGGACAAUUUGGAACAGUGUAAACACUAAAUAAAUUAUAAAUAAUACCAGAGAGGCUGGUCUAACGAAUAAAAAAGAAAGCCUUUAUUACAACAUAGUAAAGAUUAAAAACAGCAGAAUUAGUGAAAUAGUUUCUAACGUGGUUGUGUGAGGCUUAGAGCUCCCGGAAUCACUUGGCUAUUAAACAAACACUCAAACAGGCAAUAGAAGCAGGAUCUGUCUUACUUCCGUAGAUAUUUAUGGAUGAUUUAUAAAGCCAGGCACAUUUAACAGUUAGGCUAUUGAUUAUAGACCUUAUUAAGUUGGGGUUUCCUCUCUCCUCAUUUUUCUUAGACAAUUGAGGCAAGGGGUCUUUUCUCAUCUCCUAACUCCGCUGCUGCCUCACAGCAUUGUUCUCAACACCAAUAUGCGGGUUAACUUUGCUAUUAUGCAGAUAGCAACAUGGUCUAGGAAAAGGUGGCAAUUCAACAGCGCACUGAUGUGUUUCAGAACAGAGACCACUAUCCAACGUGGGAGAAGGCGCAUUUGUUAUAAAAUAAUAUUGUUUUUAUUUGCGUUGCACCAUUGUUCUUGCAUAAUAUAACCAUAUACAAGUUCAGUAGCACAUGUCUAAGACUGAUGGACUGUGCCAUCCCCAUUGCCUCCACAAUGGAUCACUCCACCCAGACCGGCGUGAAUCAGACAGGUGCCUUGUACACCAUGAUGAUUUUUUGUUUUAAAAAAUUGCUACUGCUCGACUAAAGAAAUCUCAGUCGACCAACAGCCUAUUGACCAAACAGUCGACUAAAUGGGAUCAGCCCUAUAAGACAUUAACAAAAUACGUAAGUGAUUCGUAUUUUCCUUCAACUUUCUGAGGCACCGGCCCGGGAAGGCCCGUCUGGGUGUGCGCAUUUGUCUGCCACUAUGUAGCUGUUAACGAUGAUGCUAAUGACAACCGUCUUCUGGUAGAUGAAAAGGCUUUCCCAAAAACCUUCUCAAUUAAAUGUCUACUACAAAGUAGUAUAUGCAUACCUGGCAGAAUGAUAUCAUGAUUAUUUGCAUACAUUCAGUGGUGAUUUGUUCAGCAACUCUGCAAUCACGUGUGCUACAGAAACACUGCUAACCAAGCAAGGCUCUUGCUGAUGCACACCUAAAUUAAAGGGUAUCUACUAGGGAUUAAUAUUUUCCCCAAAAUCGACCAUAUUUCAAAACCGGGAAUAAUUCAUAUUUAACCCAAAAAAACUAAAAUGGAGAAAACAGAAUUAGGCACAAAAUGAAACCGAUUUUAAAGGGCCCUACAUUAUAUGGCUCCUAUUCCUGCGUUAAUCCUAUCAUCACUAACGGUACUGACCGAAUGUUCUACCAGACCGAACGUUUAAAUGUGUUGUAGGCUAAAUGUCCAUGCUAAGUUUCAGUUCCAACGGGUCAUUGCUGUAGGCUACAGAAAAUGUCAUCUUGGUUAUCAAAAGUUAUAAGAUAAUAGGAUCCACACGCUGGUAUAAAUUACUACUAAAGGACAAUAGGAUGCACAAGUGAGUAUACUGUGCAUUCGGAAAGUAUUCAGACCCCUUGACUUUUUUCACGUUUUGUUACGUUACAGCCUUGUUCUAAAAUUGAUUAAAUUGUGUUUUUUCCUCAUCAAUCUACACACAAUACCCCAUAAUGACAAAGCGAAAACGUUUUUUUUUUUAUUGUUGGAAAUGUAUAAAAUAUAUAAAACUGAAAUAUCACUUUUACAUAAGUAUUCAGACCCUUUACUCAGUACUUUGUUGAAGCACCUUUGGCAGCGAUUACAGCCUUGAGUCUUCUUGGGUAUGACGCUACAAGCUUGGCACACCUAUUUUUGGGGAGGUUCUCCCAUUCUUCUCUGCAGAUCCUCUCAAGCUCUGUCAGGUUGGAUGGGGAGAGUCGCUGCAUAGCUAUUUUAAGGUCUCUCAAGAGAUUCAAGUCCGGGCUCUGGCUGGGUCACUCAAGGACAUUCAGAGAUUUGUCCCGAAGCCACUCCUGCAUUGUCUUGGCUGUGUGCUUAGAGUCGUUGUCCUGUUGGAAGGUGAACCUUGGCCCCAGUCUAAGGUCCUGAGCACUCUGGAGCAAGUUUUCAUCAAGGAUCUCUCUGUACUUUGCUCCGUUCAUCUUUCCCUCGAUCCUGACUAGUCUCCCAGUCCCUGCCGCUGAAAAACAUCCCCACAACCUUAUGCUGCCACCACCAUGCUUCACCGUAGGUAUGGUGCCAGUUUUCCACUAGACGUGAUGCUCGGCAUUCAGGCCAAAGAGUUCAAUCUUGGUUUCAUCAGACCAGAGAAUCUUGUUUCUCAUGGUCUGAGAGUCCUUUAGGUGCCUUUUGGCAAACUCCAAGCGGGCUGUCAUGUGCCUUUUACUGAGGACUGGCUUCCGUCUGGCAACUCUACCAUAAAGGCCUGAUUGGUGGAGUGCUGCAGAGAUGGUUGUCCUUCAGGAAUGUUCUCCCAUCUCCACAGAGUUCUGUCAGAGUGAUCAUCGGGUUCUUGGUCACCUCCCUGACCAAGGGCCUUCUCCCUCGAUUGCUCAGUUUGGCCGGGCGGCCAGCUCUAGGAAGAGUAUUGGUGGUUCCAAACUUCUUCCAUUUAAGAAUGAUGGAAGCCACUGUGUUCUUGGGGACCUUCGAUGCUGCAGAAAUGUUUUGGUACCCUUCCCAGAUCUGUGCCUCGACACAAUCCUGUCUCGGCACUCUACGGAUAAUUCCUUCAACCUCAUGGCUUGGUUUUUGCUCUGACGUGCACUGUCAACUGUGGGACCUUGUAUAGACAGGUGUGUGCCUUUCCAAAUCAUGUCCAAUCAAUUGAAUUGACCAAAUGUGGUCUCCAGUUAAGUUGUAGAAUAAUCUCAAGGAUGAUCAAUGGAAACAGGAUGCACCUGAGCUCAAUUCGAGUCUCAUAGCAAAGGGUCUGAAUACUUGUGUAAAAUAAGGUAUUUAGUUUUUUUAUUUUUAAUACAUUUGCAAAAAUGUCCAAACCUGUUUUCGCUUUGUCGUCAUUAUGGGGUAUUGUGUGUAGAUUGAUGAGGGGAAAAAUGUAAUCCAUUUUAGAAUAAGGCUGUAACAUAACAAAAUGUGGAAAAGGGGAAGUGGUCUGAAUACUUUCCGAAUGCACUGUAUAUAUGGAAAAAUAAAUGUUUAAGAAUGUCGACCAAUCAAUUGGUCGAAAGAACAGAUAACUCUUGGUCGACCAAGAUUUUUUGUUGUUGUCAGGAACUGCCCUAAUGUCUUAUCAUCAUCUUGGGCAAAUUAAUUAAUAUUCUAAUAAAUUCAAUACGUUUUGUUGAUUUCCUACUAAGUUCUAAAAUGUUUCCCCAAACUGGAGAUUCAAACAAUGAUGGAGGAUCCCCCAAUUCUGGUUUAUCGACCCCAGCACUCGCCAUCGUACAGAACUAGUUCCCAGCUGCGCCUCACAAAAGGAUAGUUUGAAAUGCGGCAAUUAAAGAUUAGAAUUUUGAUUACAAUGUGUGCAUAGGCUCUAGUUGUUUUAACGGAAUAGCCUACAAUGUUUUUUCAGCUCAGAUUUACUAGAGACAUACAACACAGUGUAGCCAUAGCCUAUAGGCCUAGUGUUUCAAUGUUUGUAUAUAUGUAUUUUUUUAUGUAUUCAUUCGGGUUCAAAGUGCAGGCCAACCCUGUACCACCAUUACACACCUCAUUACUACUGGUGUGAGCGUUGAAAGGUUCAGUGCGGUCAAAGAUGUGAUUUUCCUGUGUUUUAUCUAUACUGUAUUUCCACACUGAGGUUGGAGUAAUACUGUGAAAUUGUGAAAAUUAUGAAAAUGCCAUUUUAGUGUAAGAGCUGAAAUUUCUGCCUGUUUUGGUGGGAUGGAGUUUUUGCCUGUCUGGUAACAUCACCAGUCGGAAAUUUGUUAAUAGACCAAUAAGAAAGAGAUCCAAACCUCUCUGCCAAUAACAGCUAGUUUUCAGUUUUCCCCACCCCACUCAGACCACUCCCAGACAGUCCUAGCAUAAUUCUUGCUUGAGACAUUGCUCUUUGCUAAGAAGCUAUUUUUGUCUCUUUUUGACCAUUUUAAUUGAAAACAAUCACAAGGUACUUAAUUGUUACCCAGAAAUUAUUUUAUAUUGAGAUAAAAAUGGCAGCAUUGGAACCUUCAAAACGUAGUUUUGCUAUCCCAUGUCUGAACCACUCUCCUAUAUCCCAUCUACAUAAGCAGCUGGCCAGCCUGCUGACAGACCUGGGCUGCACCAGCUCAGCCUUGCUAAUCUACGAGAAGCUGGAGCUGUGGGAGGAUGCUGUCAUCUGCCUGGAGAGGAUGGGCCAGCAUGGCAAGGUACAACACAGCCAUUACAACCACCAGAAAAACUGUGACUUCCCCUCAGGCACAUUUAAUACCCAUUGCUUUACACAAAAGACGAUGUCAUUCUUCGUAUUAAACAUGGUUACCAUCACCACACAAACAAACUCAAGAGAGAAGCUCAUCUUGCCCACACUGGAAGAAAAGUGAAUAUCACCGCUCUUUCCAUCCACCCUGUUACCUAGCUAUCUCGCUCUGUUCCCUACUCCCUCCUUCUCUGCCCCCUUCCCUCUAUCUGUCUGUCUUUGGUGAGCACAUGUUUAUGCACUCAUUUGUGUUCUCGGGCCUUCCAGCUGUCAGACGAAUCAGUCCCAGGGAGAUCUGGCUCUGUUUCCCUGGCGUUAUUAUUAACCUGUCUGGCCCCCAGGGCCCCCCUGGGACACACUCCCAGAUAGACAGAAAUAUAGCAUGUUUGGGUUGGAUCACUCUAUCACCUAUCCCUCUUGGUGGCGCUGAUUUGAAUAUUCACUUUGGUCUCUUAAUGGUGGAACAGGCUAUGGAAAUACAGGUCACAAGGGUAGCCUACAGCACCAAUGGCAUUGGUUUUAGACUGUUUUCCACAGAGGCAGACAGUAAAGAAUCAAAGAUGUGGACGUAUGACAGCUGUUUGUUUUUGUUGGUCCUCCUUUUUGAUAGCGGAUCGUUUUCCUAUUUUUGGGGAGGAAAAGUCUCAAAUGUUUACACAGGUGUUUUUUUUCUUCUCUCGCCCAACCUGCAAGUGCUCUCGGUCAGAAUUGACUGAGGUAAUGAAGCAGAGCAAAAAUAAGGAGCCAGAGGUGAGGCAACCUCCUCUCUCGCACUCUUGCACCUGUCAGAGAAUGUUCUGUCAAGUCCUAACAGAAUCGUGGCGUGCCACACCAGGCCAAGAAGAGAAUCCUGUAACACCGUCCACCAUAUUGCUGUGGUUAUGAAAGUCAUUGAUGAAACCGAUGCCAGAUUUGUCACAACUGCUCUGAGGAUGUUCUCCCAAACCAUUACGCAAUGGACAUCUGGUUAAUUCUCAGUAAGAUUCUCACUGAAGUAUUUUCUUUCCAUCUUCAUCACCCCUUGUCCUUUUAGUCAUCGACCUGUUUAAGUGACCUCUCAGCAUGAUUCACAGGGUUCUUUCUCAUAAAUUCUCUGUAAUAGCUAGUAUCACCACAUCAAUCUCUCUGGAUCAACAGGGCUUGGCUUGGACAGAUUGAGCAGAAAUGAGUAUUCCACACACACACACACACGCACGCAUGCGCGCACACACAUACCAGUGCUCCCUCCAGCUGACCCGUACUUAGCCGCUGCUCACAGUCCCAAUCCUGAAUGUGAGUCCUGCAGGGCAUUGUGCUCUGUUAGUGAAUUACAGCUUGUUUUGUCUUCCAAUAUGGUUACAGAUGUCAAUUUUGGUCAAUAAAAGAAGUCCUCCACACUAAAACCAUGCACUUUGGCCCCAGCCAGCACUCCGUGUAACAUGAUAAAAAAGGCAAUCCAUUUGUCUGGAGAAGACUUGGGUGGAUUCCAGCCGGUAGCCAAGCCCUGUUCCUGCUCUCAGUGUCUGAAUGCAUGCUUAAUGUGAGUGAGCCUGACCUGGCCACAACCUGAGAAAAAUAAUGAAACUAAAAUAGAGAAACAGAGGAAUGCGGAGAGAGGAAGGGAGGCCUGCGUUAAGUCAAUUUCUGUUGAAUUAGUUUGAUAGCUCUAGAGUUUUGAAUGCAAUUGUUGUAUUACACCAGCCUUAUGGAUGAGCCAUCCGUGUAAAUCUUACAUGGAAAUAAAGAUGAAACAUUGAACAACACUUAUAUGGUAUAACCCAGGCCAAAAUAUCCACAUUUUAAAUAAAGGUAUAGUAUUGACAAAUGUUUAAAGCACUUCCGUUGCACAAAUGGGACAGUAAAUCACAUAUGAAUAUCCCGGUACACGCAAUUCAGACAGAGAACCCAUUCAGAGAGUAUAUGUUCGCAUUCACAACUCAUGAAUGUUGUUCAAUUUCUUGAAAUAUUUUAAGCCUGAUUGGAUUCCCUUCAAUGUGCUACCGCACCAUGAAAAAUUACUCUCCCCUCACAAAAAUGUGUCAUGGCUCCCAUAGUAAGACAGGGCCCAUUUAUAAAAGCAACAGAUAUAGCCAAAGGGUGAUUCCACUCUACCCUUAACCAAGGCUCAGUGAGUUCAGAGAACUCCUUAUGUGGUUUUCCCAGCACAAUAAGGGUGUCUGUACUUGGAGGAGUACUGAAUCUCUCCUUUUCUCUCCCUCUACUUCUCGCUCUCUCUCUUUAUGGAGGAGCACACUGGGGGUUCUAACUGGUGGCCAUGCUCCAAGGUUAUAAAAACCCAAUUCACAAUCACCCUUUUCCAUUUCCCCCAGAAGAUCUACUGAAAUACUUCUAAUGAAAGUCAUUCUCCAGUGAAAAGCACAUCGUCUCAGUCUGUCUUAUUGCCUGGCAAGAGCAUGUCAUGGGCAUGGUCAUAAGAGAGCUUUCUAAUCAAUUAGCCUAAUUCUUUGCCAGCAGUUGGCUGUAGGGGUGCCCCAUUGAUGUUGUGAAUAUAACCUCCCUAACAUGCUUUUUUUCUUGGUAAUAAAAUCUCGCCUUCCUUUCUGGGAAACAGUCAGACAUUUUCCCUCUUUCCUGGGUGUGUAGCACCCCUCCAAAUAACUGAAUGGUGGUAACUAUAGGAUUUACUGCAGUACUGAUGACUGUGAAACUGUUAUAAAUAUUUGUUGAAGGGAUCAGGCUCCACUGCCAGCGGUGGGUGUGUGGUCUGGAAAAGGCCAUGGAAGCCCACUUCUUUUUGAUCAGCAGCACUAGUGUGCUGAUGUGAUGACUGUUUUGUAACCCCUAAGGACGUUAUUGAUAUUUAAAGAAAAAUCCAAUGGAAAUUGUUUUAAAAUGGGCUGUAAAUUGUUGGCUAGCUCCCUCUGUAGAGGAAAAAAAGGGGUUAUUUCUAAUAUAAAUGCACAUGUCUUCUAAGAUAAGUUUUCCCUUGUUGUACUAUAGUAUAGUGUGGCCAGCGUAAAUACAAAUAAUGUGAAAUAUGAGUGCCAUAGAUUUACCACUGUAAUAUCACAGCCACAGAGUCAUAAUGAUAUUUCUACUCAGUGGUUAAAUUAUUGGAAAAGCAAAGCUGAGAGAAAGAGAAAGAGACUGCUUACUACUGAUAAUUGUCUCCAGCAAUUUUCUGUCAUCGGUAGAGUUGCUGAACUCCCCUUACUUUUCUGUGGUGUUAUUCCCCUUUUGUCAACCCAAUCUGUGAUUUGCAGAGGUCCAUGCUCAUCUACUAUUCAUGCUUAUAUGAAAAACACUUUUCGUUCCAACAAAUAUUCAGUUCAGUGUCUGUUGGCUAGUUGAGGCUACAGUAGAAGUACCAACCGUUUCAACAUCUUGAUUGAGCCAAUUGAGCUUCCUUUCCCAGUGAGUGGAUUGUGGCAGUCCAAAUCAAAGCCUGGUCAUUGUUAGCAGGGAAUGACUCUGAAGGUCUUAAGGAACAAAGCUAUUUUCUCUCUCUCUCCCCCUCCCUCCCUCUCUCUCUCUUCCCCCUUCCCUCUGUUUCUCUCCCUCCCUCCUUUUCUCCCUCUCUCCCAGGCGGAGGAGAUCCUGCGUAUGGAGAAGGAGACCCCCAGUCUGUACUGCUUGCUGGGGGACGUGCUGCGGGACCACCAAUACUACGACCAGGCCUGGGAGCUGUCGAACCAUCGCAGCGCCCGCGCCAUGCGCUCCUGCUGUACCUCCGGGCCAAGGACUUCCAGCAAUGUGUGGAGUGCUUCGAGAAGUCACUCCGCAUCAAUACCAUGCAGGUAAACUAACCUCUGAUAUGGCUAGCUAUGGGUAGGAUAUUUGAAAAAUGAUUUUUGAGACUCUGAAGUGGAUUCUUGUCAUGUCAGGCCUACUCACAGGGUGAAACUCAACUGACUGACACCACAGCUGAUUUGCAUAGAUGGGUCCUGCCUGUCAGUUGCAGAGCGGGGCCUCCCUCCUGCCUGGCUGCUUGUCACUCCCACCGUGACAGGUGGGCUUUCCUCCGACGCAAACUCUCCACAUACAGGCACAGGAGGGACGCAACAUAAGACAACAUGGCAUUUGCUCUUCUUUUUUCCCCACACCUCUCCUGUGUGCCACCUGCCAGAGAGCGUGGUGGGGAAGUUUUGAAAGCAGGACUCUUGAGAAAGUGUGGCAGGCUCAGCACGUUGUUAAUUUUUACCGUGGAUCAAGGGAGAGAGUUAGCAUUUAGCACUAAGAUAAUAUAGGAUUCUCACCUGGAAUAGAUAAGACUAUAAAAUGAUAUUGCACAACAUUUAACAGUUUAGGAUUCCUGAACUCACUGCUCAUGUUUGACUCUGUACUGUGUUUGUCUUGUUUCUACAGCUUGGGGUGUGGUUCUCCCUGGGCUGUGUCUACUUUGCCCUGGAGGGCUAUGAGGGAGCUGCCAAGGCCUUCCAGAGGUGUGUGGGACUGGAGCUAGAUGUAAGUAUAUACUAUAUUUUUACAACUCCUUCCUCCCAAUGUCAGGCCUUACAUCAUCACAUACAGUGCCUUCAGAAAGUAUUCAUACCCCUUUACUUAUUUCACAUUUUGUUGCUACAGGCUGAAUUAAAAAUGGAUUAAAUACAUUUUUUCCUCUCCCAUCUACACGCAAUGCUCCAUAAUGACAGUGAAAAUAUGUUUUUAGAAAUGUUGGCAAAUGUAUUGAAAAUGAAAUGCAGAAAUAUCUCAUUUACAUACAGUGGGGAGAACAAGUAUUUGAUACACUGCCGAUUUUGCAGGUUUUCCUACUUACAAAUGUAACCCUCUCACCAGGCUCGAAUUUGACUCUGACAAUAUUACCUUAUUUAGAAUAUCUGAACAGCAUGGGAUAUUAGGUGAGAAGGACAUCUCCAAUAAGAAUCCCUAUUGUAAACUUGCUAGGGUGAAUGACAAAUAGGGUAUUAACUUCAGAUAGAAUGAUUAUAGACAUGGUUAUUAUUAUAAGUAUAUGCUUUCCCAUGCAUUAAAUGAAACUGAAACAGUAAAUGACUCCACUAAUACAACAGACAUAAGGUUCAAGAUCUAUAUUAAUCAAAUUUUCAAUGUAUCACAUCAAAAGAAAUAAAAAUAAUAAACCCCAAUGAUUUUUCCACAACCCAUGUCCAAAUUAUUUGCAAGCUUGCGUAAACCCUGGGCGCGUGUUGGAGCUCAUAAAAAAAUUACGACAUACAUAAAGUCCCGAAGUCCACCCCACAUUUGUAGUUACUCACUACUUGUAGAUAAUGCCUUAGCAAAAUAUAGUAGUUCCGUGCAGGUGUCCUCACAAGAUCCACAGCGAACACAGCUAUCAAUGCAGCCAGUACUCGGUAGCAGCAACAGACAUCCAUUGGAAACCCGAACUCGUUGAUCGUCACAAGCAAUUCUCUCCAAGUCUUGCACGAUGCUAGGCUAACCUCUAGGAUGUCGAAUGUCUCCACAAUGCGACGGCAGCUUCAGUCUCCACUAGGUCUUUCUUAACGAAAUAAUAAACACUCUCUUAUAGAAAUAAAAUCAGGAUUUCCCUUCAAAAAACUCUGUAGGUAUGGUUUUGUUUUCUCUUUAUCGUUUCCUUUGGUCGUUUUUCCUUCACCAACCCCACUAACGUCUCUCCUCUCCCUUCUUUCAACCUUUCCCUCUCUUUUCUUUCCCAGCAACCAGUCCACUCUCCCAUUGGCCACAACUUAACAAGUUAACUCAUUGGUCAAAACUUUAACGAGAUACGUGGGAAACUUAAAAGUAAACCAACCUAUUCACUUGUAAAAAUUUUUUAAACAUUGCUUCAAAAGAAAUGCAUUAAUGACAUUACAAAUCAGGAGCUAUUCGAUCACCUUUUAAAUCUAAUACCAAUGAAUUAUAACAAAUAAACUCUAUACUUGGUUUUAGCAAGGUAUUACACUCUCCCCCCACCAAAAUAGGCAUGUCCUCAUGACUUGUAAACAUAAGUGAAAUGUAAUGACAAGUAAAUGUGUCAACUCUUAACUACAACCUACAGCUGAGACAAAACUUGUUAGAUAAUUGAAAAUGAGAUACAUUUGUGUUUCCCUUAUCCAAUCCACUUGUACAAUGUGGAACAAUAUCUGACAACUGGGGCUAUACUUGGAACUCCAGGUUUAUCAUAGGUAAGUAAUACAGGUGCUUUCUUUACUCUCUGAGAUCUUCUUAUCCCUGGUCCUUCCAUUUCCUCCGAAGUUUCCACUUCUCCCUGAACUUCUCGUUCCUCUUCUGUAAUCUCUUCAACUGAGUUAGAUGCCUCAUUAUCAUCUACUUCAACUCCAGUUGCGACCUCAGCUUCUUGACUGGACUCUUUUACUUCCAGAACUUGGUCUACUCUUUCAGGUUCCCCUGUAAUUUGAUUCCAAACUAUGUCUAAGUCCAAGCUAAAUGGUUCCGACAUCUCUUUCACUUCUCGGCUUAUACAGUUUGUAUUUGGCACUUCAUACCAUACUCCGAUGUCCUCAUCUUCUGAGUCAAAAUCCUUCUCAUCUUCUGGAUUCUCAACCUCUUCAACUUUCUCAUCAUUCCGAGGAGUACAGUUUCCAGGCAACUUUUCAUUUCCCUUUCUCUUCCUCCUUCUUUGCAGGGUCCUUCUACCAGGUGUUGGUUCUAUGUUAACCACAGGUUCUAUGCGCACUUUCUGCCCCAGUGGUAGCAGGUGAUUUCGAUGAAGAAUCUUAAUGGGUCCAUCUCCAAUUUCAGGCUUCAAACGAAACACAGGUAAGUUUGACAUCUGACUUUCCACCACAUAUGGCGUAGAGGCCCAGCGAUCUGCCAGCUUAUGUUUUCCUUGCAGUCCUAGAUUCCGUAUGAGGACUCUGUCUCCAGGCAUGAGUUGCAUGUAGCGGAUCUUCUUAUCAUAUCGCUGUUUGUUUUCUUGGUUUUGCUUUCCAGCAGUGCUCUCAGCAAGUUUGUAAGUAGCUUGUAACUGUUUCUUCAUAUCAGAUACAUACUUGAGGUAAGUUCUCUCUGAAGAGCUAUCACUCGAGACUCCAAAACAAAUAUCAACAGGCAAUCUAGCUUCACGUCCAAACAUUUUUAAAAAUGGCGAAUAGCCAGUCGCUUCAUUCCGACUACAGUUAUACGAGUGCACUAGAUGCCCAACAUACUGACUCCAUUUGUUAUUUCGUGUAGGAUCAAGAGUUCCAAGCAUGUUCAACAAGGUUCGGUUGAAUCUCUCGGGUUGCGGAUCUCCCUGAGGAUGAUAUAGUGUUGUCCUUGACUUCUCCACUCCAAGCAUAUUCAGUAGCUCAUGGAUGAGUCGACUUUCAAAAUCUCUACCUUGAUCACUAUGCAUCCUCUUGGGCAGACCAUAAUGGAUGAAGUACCUCUCCCACAAUACCUUGGCGACCGUGGAUGCUUUCUGAUCCUUCGUAGGAAAAGCUUGAGCGUAUCUUGUGUAAUGACAAGAACAUUCGCUGUGUUACUGGAGUCAGGCUUAAUGGACAGGAAAUCCAUACACACAAGGUCCAUAGGUCCAUCACUUUGCAUAUGACCAAGCGGAGCAACUAUCUUUGGAAGUGUUUUCCUCUGUACACAGCGAGCACAGGACUUACAGUACUCUUCUACUUCCAUCUUCAUGCAUGGCCAGUAGAACCGGUCUCUGACAAGUCCAUAUGUCUUGUAAAAUCCUAAAUGACCUGAGUCAUCAUGCAGCGACGUGAUAACCAUAGUUCUGAACUUCUCUGGAAGAAGUAACUGAGCACGACGAGUCUUGUUUGGCGGAUGUGUGAUCCUGUACAUAACUCCAUCUUCCAUCUUUAGCUUAUCCCACUCUCUCAGGAGCAAAGAGAUGAGUGGAUGUUUUGUCUUGGUAACCCUGGUGAUAUCAUGUUUAUUAAGAGCAACCCACAUCUCUCCUAAGCAAGGAUCUUCUUGUUGCGAUGCAGAAAGUUCCAUAGUGCUCAAUCUGGGCAUGUUAGACGUCAGCAUGCUCAGGUUACAGUAUGCUUGAGGCACAGCAUGCAUAGAGGCUCCCAACUGAUCAAUCACUCUACUAUGAGAUGAUCCAGGAGUUAUUCUAACAACAUUAGACAUCUGGCACAUGGCUCUAACACCGGAUGCAGGAAUGUCUCUCCAAUCUUGUUCCACUGCAUAUUGCUGAUGAGGGCGGCGAGAUAAAGCAUCGGCAUCUAUGUUCUGCCUGCCUGGCCUGUACUUGAGACUAAAGUCAUAGGUAGACAACGCAGCCAGCCAACGAUGACCAGUGGCAUCCAGUUUUGCGGACGUGAGGACAUAUGUCAAUGGGUUGUUGUCUGUUCUAACCUCGAACUUGACCCCAUACAGGUAAUCAUGUAGUUUAUCAACCACGGCCCACUUCAACGUAAGAAACUCUAACUUGUGAGCUGGGUAGUUGCGUUCAGAAGCGGUCAGGCUUCGACUCACAAAUGCCACAGGACGCAGACCCUCACCUUGAUCUUGGUACAGUACUCCACCUAACCCUUCGCGCCUAGCAUCUACAUGUAGAACGUAUGGCAACUGAGGAUCAGCAAAAGCCAACACAGGAGCUUUUGUGAGGCUUUCCUUCAAUGUCUCGAAUGCCAAUUCACACUUCUCAUUCCACCUUGAUCCAAAUGGUUCUGAGUUGUUGAGGUAGGCUUUCACCUCUUCCUUGGACUUUCUCCCUUUCUUGCCUGCGGGAAGAUAUCCACAUAAGAGCUGAUUCAGGGGGUAACUCACUUUAGAGUAGUCUUUCACAAAUCUCCUGUAAUAUCCACAGAAUCCUAGGAAAGAACGCAGAGCAGUCACAGUUUCAGGCCUUGGCCACGUGGUGACAGCUUAAAUUUUUGAUGGGUCUGUUGCCACUCCAUUCUGGGAUAUGAUAUGUCCAACAUAGUUGACAGAUGUGCUGCAAAACUGACACUUGUCAAGGGACAGUUUUAGGCCUUCACUUUUCAAGCGGUCCAACACCUUGAGCACCUACUCGUGUUCUUCCAGCGUCCUUCCAAACACGAUUAAGUCGUCAAGGUAAACAAGAACUUCGAGUAGAUUCAUGUCUCCAACUGUCUGUUCCAUGACACGUUGAAAUGUUGCAGGUGCUCCGGACACACCCUGUGGCAUCCUCUCAAAUUGGUAAAAUCCAACUGGACAGAUAAAUGCAGUCUUCUCUUUAUCUGUGUCACCCAUUGGGAUUUGAUAGUAUCCGCUUCAGAGAUCUAACACACUGAACCAUUUGCUCCCACUCAAACAUGUCAGAGCAUCCUCCACAUGUGGGACUGUGUACUGGUCGGGAACAGUGCGCUUGUUGAGGGUCCUGUAAUCAACACACAUGCGUAUGGUGCCAUUCUUUUUCCUCACCACCACAAUAGGAGAUGCAUAGGGGCUUCUCGACUCAGAUAUGAUCCCAGAACUUUUCAAGUUAUUUAGAUGCUUCCUUACAUCUUCAACAUCAGCUGGAGCCAAGCGGUGAGAUCUCUCCCUAAACGGUUUGUCUUCAGUAACUCUGAUGGUGUGAUGAGUACUCUUUGAACAACCCACAUCAAACUCAUGUGUUGAGAACACUUCUUUCCGUUCCAUCAUCUUUUCACAUAACCUCUUCUUCCAUCCCUCAGGCACUGGAGAAUCUCCAAAGUUGAAUGAAGAAGACGUCAACUUCUCAGAUGAAUCCUGCUCUCUUUUCAAUGGAAACCCAGGAGCAAUAUCUACAGGAAACAGAUGAGCAAUAGGCAUACCUCGUUUCAGAGUGAUCUCCUUUGUCGAGACAUUCCUGACAGUAAGGGUGAUUCUUCUAGACGACACAACUGCAACCGUCUGGAUUUCAGGCCUCACUAGUAGUUCUUCAGGGAACCGGGGUUCUUCAGGCCUCUCUACCAGAAGGGUUUGAGUAGAAGGUAUCCCAGGAAACUUUGGAAUUCCAGUAACUCUCACCUGCCCACCAGGUGGCAGGGUGACAGGUUUUGUCUGUGCGAACCAGACCGUUCCUCUCUUCUCAUCAUCAUCAGUUGAGCUUUCUCUCAUAUGCCUCCUUGAUAGCAGGAUGAACUUGUAGUGUGCUAAGGAAACCUUCACCUUCCUUUUCUCUGCAAGCAGUCAUAAGUCUCUUCACUACAGACGUAUUUGUGCCGACCAGAAUAGACACGUCACCUUUCAUGGCCGGAUCUGGACAUACCAACACAAGUGCUUCAAUGGUCUCUGCUACGCCCACAACCGAUCCCGAGAACUCAAGCUUGAGCGACAAAUAGCCAUCAUAUGGAUACUGCUCAGAGCUAAGGCCCCAUAUCUCUAAGUUUCCUAUAGGAAUCAAUGGCAAAUGCGUCAGGUACUUGUCAUAAAAGGAUCUGUAUAGUAGAGUAAUCUGAGAACCACUAUCUAGUAAAGCUUUAGCAUAGACACCUUCAAUCUGUACAGAAACGACAGAACUUGGGCCAACUAAACCUGUAGGUAGCAUGUCUUUCAUGUCUUCAUACUUGUGGCACUUUGUGGAACGUAUCUUCACCGGGACGUCAGGUGUAGGGACUGAUCAGAGCCUGUACCUUCAGGCUCUGAUCAGUCCCUACACCCAAACGAGGGCAUUGCGUUCAUCCACCUCUGGCCUGCUGGCUCCCCUUCCUCUGCGGAAGCAUAGUUCCCGCUCAGCCCAGUCAAAACUGUUCGCUGCUCUGGCACCCCAAUGGUGGAACAAGCUCCCUCACGACGCCAGGACAGCGGAGUCACUCACCACCUUCCGGAGACAUUUGAAACCCCACCUCUUUAAGGAAUACCUGGGAUAGGAUAAAGUAAUCCUUCUACCCCCCCCCCAAAAAAUUAAUAAAUAAAAAAACAUAUUGUAAAGUGGUUAUCCCACUGGCUAUAGGGUGAAUGCACCAAUUUGUAAGUCGCGUCUGCUAAAUGGACGUAAAUGUAAAUGUCAGGCCGCUCCUUUACUGGGUCCCUCUGUAGUUUCCCAUAGACCGUUUUUGUUUGAUCAGGCGUGUGUUGACUUUCCUCAAGUUCUCUUCACCUCCAGUUUCUCUUGAAAUGGCCAUCUUCUCCACAUCUAUAACAGAACACUCCGGGGUUUCUGUCGGCCUGUGUCUGUUCUUGUGAUGGAUUUACCCUUUUCUUUUUGCUUUUAAAUGCAACAUCUGACCUUUGUGUGUCAGAGUGAGCUGCUGUGACGUUAGCAGACAUGAGACGUGUCAUUUCAAUUUUCAAACCUUUUAGCUCUUUUCUCAGGACUUCUAUCUCAGUAUUAGCUUCUUCACAAACUGUAGCAACAGGAGCAACAGCUGAUGACUUCACAACACUCUUCGUUGUGUUCCUGUCUUGAAUCAUGUCCUCCUCCUCCCUUACUUCCUGCAGCAGCUCAGUAAAGGUUGGUGGAUCACGCAGUUUAUAGGUCAUGCGAAUACGAAGCGCAACCAUGUCAUGUGAGGAUGCACCUCUCACUACUUGGCCAAUGUGUGUGCGAUUCAUCUCUGACAGCUCAAUGCCUCCUUUUCGAUAUACAGUGUGCAGCAAUUUGUCAAGUCUCAACAGGUAAUCUGAAAGCUUCUCUCCUUCACUCUGGAAUGUGUUUCUGAACCUUACCAUGAGAUCAGGUGCACUUUCGGUGGUACCGAAUGCGGUUUCUAGAGCCUUCACGUAUUCGAUCGCUGUAGCAUGGGGGUUUCCGGUCCUAAAGAACCCCACAAUGUCAGCAGCAGGCCCUUUAAGACUUUCUAUUAUUCUCUGUUUUUUCACAUUGUCGGUGCACUGCCAUUCCUCUAGAAAAUGGGUGGUUUGCUCAGCCCAUGCGUCAUACUCUUCCUCUCCACUAGGAGUGGGCUUCGCACCUGAGAACAUACGUAGCUUACGGUAACUCUGAGUCUCAGAUGGCACAUUGUUGCAUUUUUCUACCAGUGAACUUAUGGCAGUAACCAGUUCAGCGUUGAGGUCAGCACCAGAGGCCUUUAACAUCAGCCACAGUCUUCCCUUCAUAUCUUAGAAAGGAUAAUAGCUUUGCCUGGAAGUCUUCACCCUCUCUCUCAACUGGAGAUGUGACUUGUGAAACUACAUGUACAGGCCAGGGACCCAACUCUCCAGGUAUCCCAACAACACUUGGCACAGCUAUUUCGUUAAGGUUGUUUGAUAUCUCUACCAAAACAUACUGCGUUUUACCAGCUGAAUAAGAACAACGACCACGCAGUCUAAUUUUACCAAAAGCCUUAACAUAAGUCAGCGUUUCCAGCAGAACCUCAUCAGACACAUCAUCUGUAACACUGCUAAGGACAACUGCACGAUUAGUAGCUAGCUGUUUCUCUCUACACCAGGUAACAAUCUCUUCAACAUGCAUGUUGUAGGUUUAUGCCUAUACAGCAAUGUCAGAAGAAAAUCCACAAUUUCAAUUCAAAAUUGUCAAAUGGGGAGUCAAAAAUAUCCCAUCAACAAUAACCAAGAUCCCGGACGAGCCCCCAAAAAUGUAACCCUCUCACCAGGCUCGAAUUUGACUCUCACAAUAUUACCUAAUUUAGAAUAUCUGAACAGCAUGGGAUAUUAGGUGAGAAGGACAUCUCCAAUAAGAAUCCCUAUUGUAAACUUGCUAGGGUGAAUGACAAAUAGGGUAUUAACUUCAGAUAGAAUGAUUAUAGACUUGGUUAUUAUUAUAAUGAUAUGCUUUCCCAUGCAUUAAAUGAAACUGAAACAGUAAAUGACUCCACCAAUACAACAGACAUAAGGUUCAAGAUCUAUAUUAAUCAAUUUUUCAAUGUAUCACAUCAAAAGAAAUUAAAAUAAUAAACCCCAAUGAUUUUUCCACAACCCAUGUCCAAAUUAUUUGCAAGCUUGCAUAAACCCUGGGUGCGCGUUGGAGCUCAUAAAAAAAUUACGACAUACAUAAAGUCCCGAAGUCCACCCCACAUUUGUAGUUACUCACUACUUGUAGAUAAUGCCUUAGCAAAAUAUAGUAGUUCCGUGCAGGUGUCCUCACAAGAUCCACAGCGAACACAGCUAUCAAUGCAGCCAGUACUCGGUAGCAGCAACAGACAUCCAUUGGAAACCCGAACUCGUUGAUCGUCACAAGCAAUUCUCUCCAAGUCUUGCACGAUGCUAGGCUAACCUCUAGGAUGUCGAAUGUCUCCACAAUGCGACGGCAGCUUCAGUCUCCACUAGGUCUUUCUUAACGAAAUAAUAAACACUCUCUUAUAGAAAUAAAAUCAGGAUUUCCCUUCAAAAAACUCUGUAGGUAUGGUUUUGUUUUCUCUUUAUCGUUUCCUUUGGUCGUUUUUCCUUCACCAACCCCACUAACGUCUCUCCUCUCCCUUCUUUCAACCUUUCCCUUUCUUUUCUUUCCCAGCAACCAGUCCACUCUCCCAUUGGCCACAACAAGUUACCUCAUUGGUCAAAACUUUAACGAGAUACAUGGGAAACUUCAACUUAAAAGUAAACCAACCUAUUCACUUGUACAUUUUUUUAAAACAUUGCUUCAAAAGAAAUGCAUUAAUGACAUUACAAAUCAGGAGCUAUUCGAUCACCUUUUAAAUCUAAUACCAAUGAAUUAUAACAAAUAAACUCUAUACUUGGUUUUAGCAAGGUAUUACACAAAGCAUGUAGAGGUCUGUAAUUUUUAUCAUAGGUACACUUCAACUGUGAGAGACGGAAUCUAAAACAAAAAUCCAGAAAAUCACAUUGUAUAAUUUUUAAGUAAUUAAUUUGCAUUUUAUUGCAUGACAUAAGUAUUUGAUACAUCAGAAAAGCAGAACUUAAUAUUUGGUACAGAAACCUUUGUUUGCAAUUAUAGAGAUCAUAAGAUUCCUGUAGGUCUUGACUAGGUUUGCACACACUGCAGCAGGGAUUUUGGCCCACUCCUCCAUACAGACCUACUCCAGAUCCUUCAGGUUUCGGGGCUGUCGCUGGGCAAUACAGACUUUCAGCUCCCUCCAAAGAUUUUCUAUUGGGUUCAGGUCUGGAGACUGGCUAGGCCACUCCAGGACCUUGAGAUGCUUCUUACGGAGCCACUCCUUAGUUGCCCUGGCUGUGUGUUUCGGGUCGUUGUCAUGCUGGAAGACCCAGCCACGACCCAUCUUCAAUGCUCUUACUGAGGGAAGGUUGUUGUUGGCCAAGAUCUCACGAUACAUGGUCCCAUCCAUCCUCCCCUCAAUACGGUGCAGUCGUCCUGUCCCCUUUGCAGAAAAGCAUCCCCAAAGAAUGAUGUUUCCACCUCCAUGCUUCACGGUUGGGAUGGUGUUCUUGGGGUUGUACUCAUCCUUCUUCUUCCUCCAAACACGGCGAGUGGAGUUUAGACCAAAAAGCUCUAUUUUUGUCUCAUCAGACCACAUGACCUUCUCCCAUUCCUCCUCUGGAUCAUCCAGAUGGUCAUUGGCAAACUUCAGACGGGUCUGGACAUGCGCUGGCUUGAGCAGGGGGACCUUGCGUGCGCUGCAGGAUUUUAAUCCAUGACGGCGUAGUGUGUUACUAAUGGUUUUCUUUGAGACUGUGGUCCCAGCUCUCUUCAGGUCAUUGACCAGGUCCUGCCGUGUAGUUCUGGGCUGAUCCCUCACCUUCCUCAUGAUCAUUGAUGCCCCACGAGGUGAGAUCUUGCAUGGAGCCCCAGACCGAGGGUGAUUGACCGUCAUCUUGAACUUCUUCCAUUUUCUAAUAAUUGCGCCAACAGUUGUUGCCUUCUCACCAAGCUGCUUGCCUAUUGUCCUGUAGCCCAUCCCAGCCUUGUGCAGGUCUACAAUUUUAUCCCUGAUGUCCUUACACAGCUCUCUGGUCUUGGCCAUUGUGGAGAGGUUGGAGUCUGUUUGAUUGAGUGUGUGGACAGGUGUCUUUUAUACAGGUAACGAGUUCAAACAGGUGCAGUUAAUACAGGUAAUGAGUGGAGAACAGGAGGGCUUCUUAAAGAAAAACUAACAGGUCUGUGAGAGCCAGAAUUCUUACUGCUUGGUAGGUGAUCAAAUACUUAUGUCAUGCAAUAAAAUGCAAAUUAAUUACUUAAAAAUCAUACAAUGUGAUUUUCUGGAUUUUUUUUAGAUUCCGUCUCUCACAGUUGAAGUGUACCUAUGAUAAAAAUUACAGAUCUCUACAUGCUUUGUAAGUAGGAAAACCUGCAAAAUCGGCAGUGUAUCAAAUACUUGUUCUCCCCACUUGUAAGUAUUCAAUACUUUGUAGAAGCCCUUUUGGCAGUGAUUACAGCUUUGAGUCUUUCUGGGUAAGUCUCUAAGAGCUUUCCACAACUGGAUUGUGCAAAAUUUGCCCAUUAUUAUUUUCAAAAUUCUUCAAGCUCUGUCAAAUUGGUUGUUGAUCAUUGCUAGACAACCAUUUGUCGGUAGGUAACAACACAUCUGCCACACUGAUCCUCAACACGGGGGCCCCUCAGGGGUGCGUGCUCAGUCCCCUCCUGUACUCUCUGUUCACCCAUGACUGCAUGGCCAGGCACGACUCCAACACCAUCAUUAAGUUUGCCGACGACACAACAGUGGUAGGCCUGAUCACCGACAACGAUGAGACAGCCUAUAGGGAGGAGGUCUUAGACCUGGCCGUGUGGUGCCAGGAUAACAACCUCUCCCUCAACGUGACCAAGACAAAGGAGAUGAUUGUGGACUACAGGAAAAAAAAGAGGACUGAGCACGCCCCCAUUCUCAUCGACGGGGCUGUAGUGGAACAGGUUGAGAGCUUCAAGUUCCUUGGUGUCCACAUCACCAACAAACUAUCAUGGUCCAAACACACCAAGACAGUCGUGAAGAGGGCACGACAAAGCCUAUUCCCCCUCAGGAGACUGAAAAGAUUUGGCAUGGGUCCUCAGAUCCUCAAAAAAUUAUAUAGCUGCACCAUCGAGAGCAUCCUGACUGGUUGCAUCACCGCCUGGUAUGGCAACUGCUUGGCCUCCGACCGCAAGGCACUACAGAGGGUAGUGCGUACGGCCCAGUACAUCACUGGGGCCAAGCUUCCUGCCAUCCAGGACCUCUAUACAAGGCGGUGUCAGAGGAAGGCCCUCGAAAUUGUCAAAGACUCCAGCCACCCUAGUCAUAGACUGUUCUCCCUGCUACCGCACGGCAAGCGGUACCGGAGUGCCAAGUCUAGGUCCAAAAGACUUCUCAACAGCUUCUACCCCCAAGCCAUAAGACUCCUGAACAGCUAAUCAUGGCUACCCGGACUAUUUGCACUGCCCCCCCCCACCCCAUCCUUUUUACGCUGCUGCUACUCUGUUAAUUAUUUAUGCAUAGUCACUUUAACUCUACCCACAUGUACAUAUUACUUCAACUAUCUCAACUAGCCGGUGACCCCGCACAUUGACUCUGCACCGGUACCCCCCUGUAUAUAUAGCCUUCCUACUGUUAUUUUAUUUUACUUCUGCUCUUUUUUUCUCAACACUUUUUUUGUUGUUGUUUUAUUUUUACUUUUUUUGUUAAAAAUAAAUGCACUGUUGGUUAAGGGCUGUAAGUAAGCAUUUCACUGUAAUGUCUGCACCUGUUGUAUUCGGCGCAUGUGACCAAUAAAAUUUGAUUUGAUUUGAUUUUCAGGUCUUGCCAUAGAUUGUCAAGUUGAUUAAGUCAAAACUGUAACUCGGCCACUCAGGAACAUUCACUGUCUUGGUAAACUAUUCCAAUGUAGAUUUGGCCUUCUGUUUUAGGUUAUUGUCCUGCUGAAAGAUUAAUUAUUCUCCCAGUGUCUGGUGGAAAGCAGACUGAACCAGGUUUCCUCUAGGAUUUUGUCUGUGCUUAGCUCAAUUCCGUUUCUUUUUUAUCCUGAAAAACUUCCCAGUCCUUAACUAUUACAAGCAUACCCAUAACAUGAUGCAGCCACCACUAUGCUUGAAACUAUGGAGAGUGGUACUCAGUAAUGUGUUGUAUUGGAUUUGCCCCAAACCUAACACUUUGUAUUCAGGACAAAAAGCCACAUUUUUUGCAGUAUUACUUUAGUGCCUUGUUGCAAACCGGGUGCAUGUUUUGGAAUAUUUUGUUUCUUUCUGUACAGCAUUCCUUCUUUUCACUCUGUCAAUUAGGUUAGUAUUGUGGAGUAACUACAAUGUUGUUGAUCCAUCCUCAGUUUUCUCCUGUCACGGCCAUUAAACUCUGUAACUGUUUUUUAAACUCACCAUUGGCCUCAUGGUGAAAUCCCUGAGCGGUUUCCUUCCUCUCCGGCAACUGAGUUAGGAAGGACGCCUGUAUCCUUGUAGUGACUGGGUGUAUUGAUGCACCAUCUAAAGUGUAAUUAAUAACUUCACCAUACUCAAAGGGAUGUUCCGUGUCUGCUUUUUUUUAUUUUUAGCCAUCUACCAAUAGGUGCCCUUUGUGAAGCAUUGGAAAACCUCCCUGGUCUUUGUGGUUGAAUAUACAGUGGGGAGAACAAGUAUUUGAUACACUGCCGAUUUUGCAGGUUUUCCUACUUACAAAGCAUGUAGAGGUCUGUAAUUUUUAUCAUAGGUACACUUCAACUGUGAGAGACGGAAUCUAAAACAAAAAUCCAGAAAAUCACAUUGUAUGAUUUUUAAGUAAUUAAUUUGCAUUUUAUUGCAUGACAUAAGUAUUUGAUACAUCAGAAAAGCAGAACUUAAUAUUUGGUACAGAAACCUUUGUUUGCAAUUACAGAGAUCAUACGUUUCCUGUAGGUCUUGACAGGUUUGCACACACUGCAGCAGGGAUUUUGGCCCACUCCUCCAUACAGACCUUCUCCAGAUCCUUCAGGUUUCGUGGACUCCUCGCUGGGCACUACGGGACUUUCAGCUCCCUCCAAGAUUUUCUAAUUGGGUUCCAGGUCUGGAGACUGGCUAGGGGCCCACUCCAGGACCUUGAGAUGCUUCUUACGGAGCCAACGCCUUAGUUGCCCUGGCUUGUGUUUUUUGGGUCGUUGGUCAUGCUGGAAGACACAGUCACGACCCAUCUUCAAUGCUCUUACUAAGGGAAGGGGUGUUGGGCCAGAUCUCGCGAUAUCAUGGCCCCAUCCCAUCCUCCCCUCCAAUACGGGUGCAGUCGUCCAUGUCCCCUUGGCAGAAAAGCAUCCUCGAAAGAAUUAGGUUGCCACCUCCAUGCUUCCACCGGUUGGGAUGGUGUUCUUGGGGUUGUACUCAUCCUUCUUCUUCCUCCGAACACGGCGAGUGGAGUUUAGACCAGAAAGCUCUAUUUUUGUCUCAUCAGACCACAUGACCUUCUCCCAUUCCUCCUCUGGAUCAUCCAGAUGGUCAUUGGCAAACUUCAGACGGGCCUGGACAUGUGCUGGCUUGAGCAGGGGGACCUUGCGUGCGCUGCAGGAUUUUAAUCCAUGACGGCGUAGUGUGUUACUAAUGGUUUUCUUUGAGACUGUGGUCCCAGCUCUCUUCAGGUCAUUGACCAGGUCCUGCCGUGUAGUUCUGGGCUGAUCCCUCACCUUCCUCAUGAUCAUUGAUGCCCCACGAGGUGAGAUCUUGCAUGGAGCCCCAGACCGAGGGUGAUUUGACUGUCAUCUUGAACUUCUUCCAUUUUCUAAUAAUUGCGCCAACAGUUGUUGCCUUCUCACCAAGCUGCUUGCCUAUUGUCCUGUAGCCCAUCCCAGCCUUGUGCAGGUCUACAAUUUUAUCCCUGAUGUCCUUACACAGCUCUCUGAUCUUGGCCAUUGUGGAGAGGUUUGAGUCUGUUUGAUUGAGUGUGUGGACAGGUGUCUUUUAUACACGUAACGAGUUCAAACAGGUGCAGUUAAUACAGGUAAUGAGUGGAGAACAGGAGGGCUUCUUAAAGAAAAACUAACAGGUCUGUGAGAGCCAGAAUUCUUACUGCUUGGUAGGUGAUCAAAUACUUAUGUCAUGCAAUAAAAUGCAAAUUAAUUACUUAAAAAUCAUACAAUGUGAUUUUCUGGAUUUUUGUUUUAGAUUCCGUCUCUCACAGUUGAAGUGUACCUAUGAUAAAAAUUACAGACCUCUACAUGCUUUGUAAGUAGGAAAACCUGCAAAAUCGGCAGUGUGUCAAAUACUUGUUCUCCCCACUGUAUGUUUGAAAUUCUUGACUGAGGGACUUUACAGUUAAUUGUAUGUGUGGGGUACAGAGAUGAUGUAGUCAUUAAAAAAUCUUGUUAAACACUAUUAUUGCGCACAGAAUCCAUGCAUCCUAUUAUGUUGUUAAUCAUAUUUUUGCUCCUGAACUUAUUUAGAUUUGCCAUAGCAAAGGGGAUGAAUACUUAUUGACUUAUUUCAGCUUUAAAUCUUUAAUUAAUUUGUAAACAUUUCGAAAAACAUAAUUCCUCUUUGAAAUUAUGGUGUAUUGUGUGUAGGCAAUUGAUAAACACAUCUCAAUUUAAUCAAUUUUAAAUUCAGGCUGUUACACAACAAAAUGUGGAAAAAGUCAAGGGGUGUGAAUACUUUCUGAAGGCACUGUAUAGGAAGACAAUCGAUCACAUUUACAUUUACAUUUACAUUUUAGUCAUUUAGCAGACGCUCUUAUCCAGAGCGACUUACAGGAGCAAUUAGGGUUAAGUGCCUUGCUCAAGGGCACAUUUACGUCAUUUAGCAGACGCUCUUAUCCAGAGCGACUCACCAAUUGGUGCGUUCACCCUAUAGCCAGUGGGAUAACCACUUUACAAUUUUGGGGGGGGGUAGAAGGAUUACUUUAUCCUAUCCCAGGUAUUCCUUAAAGAGGUGGGGUUUCAAAUGCCUCCGGAAGGUGGUGAGUGACUCCGCUGUCCUGGCGUCGUGAGGGAGCUUGUUCCACCAUUGGGGUGCCAGAGCAGCGAACAGUUUUGACUGGGCUGAGCGGGAACUAUGCUUCCGCAGAGGAAGGGGAGCCAGCAGGCCAGAGGUGGAUGAACGCAAUGCCCUCGUUUGGGUGUAGGGACUGAUCAGAGCCCGAAGGUACAGAGGUGCCGUUCCCCUCACUGCUCCAUAGGCAAGCACCAUGGUCUUGUAGCGGAUGCGAGCUUCAACUGGAAGCCAGUGGAGUGUGCGGAGGAGGGGGGUGACGUGAGAGAACUUGGGAAGGUUGAACACCAGACGGGCUGCGGCAUUCUGGAUGAGUUGUAGGGGUUUAAUGGCACAGGCAGGGAGGCCAGCCAACAGCGAGUUGCAGUAGUCCAGACGGGAGAUGACAAGUGCCUGGAUUAGGACCUGUGCCGCUUCCUGUGUAAGGCAGGGUCGUACUCUCCGAAUGUUGUAGAGCAUGAACCUGCAGGAGCGGGUCACCGCCUUGAUGUUGGCGGAGAACGACAGGGUGUUGUCCAGGGUCACGCCUAGGCUCUUCGCACUCUGGGAGGAGGACACAGCGGAGUUGUCAACCGUGAUGGCGAGAUCAUGGAACGGGCAGUCCUUCCCCGGGAGGAAGAGCAGCUCCGUCUUGCCAGGGUUCAGCUUGAGGUGGUGAUCCGUCAUCCAUACUGAUAUGUCUGCCAGACAUGCAGAGAUGCGAUUCGCCACCUGGUUAUCAGAAGGGGGAAAGGAGAAGAUUAGUUGUGUAUCGUCAGCGUAGCAAUGAUAGGAGAGGCCAUGUGAGGAUAUGACAGAGCCAAGUGACUUGGUGUAUAGGGAGAAAAGGAGAGGGCCUAGGACUGAGCCCUGGGGGACACCAGUGGUGAGAGCACGUGGUGCGGAGACAGCUUCUCGCCACGCCACUUGGUAGGAGCGACCGGUCAGGUAGGACGCAAUCCAGGAGUGAGCCGCGCCGGAGAUGCCCAGCUCGGAGAGGGUGGAGAGGAGGAUCUGAUGGUUCACAGUAUCAAAGGCAGCAGACAGGUCUAGAAGGACAAGAGCAGAGGAGAGAGAGUUAGCUUUAGCAGUGCGGAGAGCCUCCGUGACACAGAGAAGAGCAGUCUCAGUUGAAUGACCAGUCCUGAAACCUGACUGGUUUGGAUCAAGAAGGUCAUUCUGAGAGAGAUAGCAAGAGAGUUGGCUAAAGACGGCACGCUCAAUAGUUUUGGAAAGAAAAGAAAGAAGGGAUACUGGUCUGUAGUUGUUGACAUCAGUGGGAUCGAGUGUUGGUUUCUUGAGAAGGGGAGCAACUCUCGCUCUCUUGAAGACGGAAGGGACAUGGCCAGCGGUCAAGGAUGAGUUGAUCAGCGAGGUGAGGUAGGGGAGAAGGUCACCGGAGAUGGUCUGGAGAAGAGAGGAGGGGAUGGGGUCAAGCGGGCAGGUUGUUGGGCGGCCUGCAGUCACAAGUCGCAGGAUUUUAUCUGGAGAGAGAGGGGAGAAAGAAGUCAAAGCAUAGGGUAGGGCAGUGUGAGUAGGACCAGCAGUGUCAUUAGACUUAACAAACGAGGAUCGAAUGUCGUCAACCUUCUUUUCAAAGUGGUUGACGAAGUCAUCCACAGAGAGAGAGGAGGAGGGGGGGGGCGGGGGGGGGGGAGGAUUCAGGAGGGAGGAAAAUGUGGCAAAGAGCUUCCUAGGGUUAGAGGCAGAUGCUUGGAAUUUAGAGUGGUAGAAAGUGGCCUUAGCAGCAGAAACAGAUGAAGAAGCACAUGAAUGCAGUGGGACCAUCAAAAUACCAUUCCUCUCUAAUUUUGUCACCCCCCCCCGCCCCCCAUUCUCUUUUUCCAUUACUCUCGCAAAUGCGCACACAUUCCCACACACAAACACGUUCCUACACAAACACAUCCUCAACACACUCAGACAAACGGAGAACACUCUCUUACCAUAGCCCCAGCUAUAACACUCCUGCUGCAGUGUGUGCAAACCUGGUCAAGACCUACAGGAAACGUAUGAUCUCUGUAAUUGCAAACAAAGGUUUCUGUACCAAAUAUUAAGUUCUGCUUUUCUGAUGUAUCAAAUACUUAUGUCAUGCAAUAAAAUGCAAAUUAAUUACUUAAAAAUCAUAUAACACUCUUGUCCUCCAGCAGUCUUUUCAAUCCAACUUAAUGACCUAUACGGUACCUGUGUGCCCACUGCAUUAGGAGGGAAUGUACUCCUGGAGCACUCAGCAGAACCAAUUUCUGCUCUGGGGGAGUUAGUCUUCUGCCACGGCUUCUAAACAACCCUGUGCGUACUUGUGUGUAAACUGUAAAUUGUGUUUUUCUCCCUCCCUCUCUUUUUCCUCCUUUAGAACGCAGAGGCAUGGAACAACCUCUCCACGGCCUACAUCCGCCUGAGACAGAAGUGAGUACUGUAUAGUCGCAACCCCUGGGCCAUUAACCUGUCAAUGAUUGAACAGAGUUAGGACUCUGGAAGAUGUAGAAUUCAGUCAUACGUACCAUUUAUGGUAUCCAUCAAUGAGUGACAGGCUCAAUGUUCGAAUGUCUCCUGAUUUUUUAAAUUUAGGGUCCCUCAGUCUAAUCGAGAGCCUCCUCUCCCCAGCUCAUACAAAAUUGACUGGACUGGAGGUUCGCGUUAGGGUUAUGGCAAUUAUAUUACCUGGUUUUGGUGGCUCAGCGGGGCCGUAGUCUGCGCUCCAGCAGGUAUGUCUCACUGGUCAUCCCCAAAGUCAACACCUCCUUUGGCCGCCAUUCCUUCCAGUUCUCUGCUGCCAAUGACUGGAACGAAUUGCAAAAAUCUCUGAAGCUGGAAACACUUAUCUCCCUCACUAACUUUAAGCAUCAGUUGUCAGAGCACCUUACCGAUCACUGCACCUGUACACAGCCCAUCUGAAAUUAGCACACCCAACUACCUCAUCCCUAUAUUGUUAUUUAUUUUGCUCUUUUGCACCCCAGUAUCUCUAUUUGCACAUAAUCUCUUGCACAUCUAGCAUUCCAGUGUUAAUGCUAAUUGUAAUUAUUUUGCACUAUAGCCUAUUUAUUGCCUUACCUCCAUAACUUGCUACAUUUGCACACACUGUAUAUAUAUUUUCUGUUGUAUUUUUUGACUUUAUGUUUUUUUACCCCAUAUGUAACUCUGUGUUGUUUUUAUCGCACUGCUUUGCUUUAUCUUGGCCAGGUCGCAGUUGUAAAUGAGAACUUGUUCUCAACUGGCUUACCUGGUUAAAUAAAGGUGAAAUAAAAAAAUAAAAAAUUGAGAAGACCUAUGUAUCUCACUCAUACUCACUCACUUGGUCACUCACCCGCCCAUCCAUCCAUCCACCCACCCCCCUUGUGCCGGCUGUCACAUAGGGCCACAACAAAGACAGAGGAAUCAAACAUUGAUUUGAUCAGCCCUGAUAUCCCUGAGUUUCCCCUGCCGCUACCCCUAGUGAUCAAGGACCUGUCACUCUCACAAAGAGACAGAGAUAGAGAGCGAGAGAGAGGGAAUCACACUGCCAGCCAGCAGGCCUCCAUUCAGUCUGACAUUAUUGAUUUUUGGCUGGAGAGGGGUAUCAAAGAGUGGGGGUUGAGACGAGAUGUUGUCUGUGGAAGGACGUUACAACACUUAUCAAACAGAACAUCGCCAGCCUGCAUAACCCCACAGAUAGCACUGAUUUACACACCAAUGAAACAGAUUGAUGUUACAAGGCUUUUUUUCACAAACUCUUCUGGUCAUGAGUUUGGUCUCGUAACUGACUUCAAUGCUUUUCAAUUACUUCCGAAACUCACUGGGCAGUAGUAAUGGGAAAGAUAACAUCGCAGCUCCCUCCUGAUUUUACCACAGGACCUAGGUACACCCCUGCUGACCCUGACGCGAGCAUCAGACAGAUUUGUUAGGCUUAAGUCAAUUAGAACAUUCUCACCACCGCAAGAUGGGCAGCUUCUCUUAUUUCCCCUGAAAACCACAAGCUCUUCCUGGCAGAACUCUCUGUUUGGGAAGCAGGAAGCUCCACUGUUUCUUUAUUGGGAAACUUUCCCCCUCAGCCCCUGUUCAAAUCAGGUCUGUGCUUUCAGGCCUGAAAUUAAAAAGUGUGGAGACUUCUACCUGGUUAGCGCCUCGGCUAAUUCAGCCGAAGCCUCUCUGUUGAAGAGUCUGUGGUGAGUGCAGGUGGAUCAGAGGGAGAGAAUCAGGGUGGUUGUGACGGCCCAGCGCUAACUAUGUAGCCUGCGUCUCAAUGAGGUGUCAGACACAGAGGGCAGGCAGCCAUGUCAGUCAUGCUUGGCUAUGCUCCACCUCUGGACAGCUGCUGAGGUACAGAGAUACUGGCACCUCACCUGAAAUAGUGACUAAUUACUGAACUGUAGAAAUGACGGGUAGGACCGAAUCCAAACUUAAAGGGAUAGUGCGAGAUUUUGAUAAUUAAAUUGAAGGUAGUUUCGUGAGCCAGUGCUAACUAGCGUACCGGUAGACUUCCAAUCAUUGCGCUAACGCUAGUUAGCAUUGGCUGAUUAAACUACUUUAACUUCCUUCAAACUGCACAUAGACAUAAAUAUGGUAUCCGUGAGCUCAUCUGACUCUGGGUAAGUAGAGAAAGGGCUUGUUUGCCAGAAUCUCAUACUAUACCGUUAAGUAACGCAAAUUGGCACAGAUCUCCCAUUGACAGUAAUGCAUGAUUUACUCAAGUCUCUGUGCAUCUCAACUUAGUAUUCAUUCCAUAAGACUUUGUAAGCUGCCCCUUAAAAAAUAAUGCGCAUCAGCCAUGUAAAAACACUUUACAUGACACCACUAAUUCCAGGGCCUGUCUGUCCCAAUGUCUGUCAGGACCAAGGCGUUCCGCAUUCUGCAGGAGGCUCUGAAGUGUAACUAAGAACACUGGCAGAUCUGGGAGAACUUCAUCGCCGUCUGCACCGACGUGGGAGAGUUUGCCGAGGCCUUCAAGGCCUACCACCGCCUCAUGGACCUGAGGGACAAAUUCAAGGAUGUACAGCUAACGAUAGUGCCCAUAGGCACAGAUCUAGGAUCAGUUUACCUUAUCCUGAAAUCACAACCUAAACCAUUUAGGGGGAAAUGCUAAACGGAUCUUAGAGUAGUGUCAAGGGGCAACUUCAUCCUACUUGGUUUAGGAGUCUAUGAGGGGUACGUGUAAAGCAACCUAGGAUUUGAACACGCCAGGCCCCAUUUGCCACCAGGAGCGUGCCUAUAAUGGCACAGUAAUAUCCUAUGCGUCAAGGAGUUGUGGCUGAACGAGGACAUGGUUAAUAUAAAUCUAGCUGUUUUUUCUAUGCAUCGGCAAGACAGACCGGCAACAUCUCGUAAACUCAAGGGCGGGGGUGUAUGUCUCUUUGGUAACAACAGCUGGUGCGCGAUUUCUAAUAUUAAGGUAAGUGUCGAGGUUCUGCUCACCUGAGUUAGAAUACCUCAUGAUAAGCUGUAGACCAUACUAUUUACCAAUAAAGUUUUCAUCUAUUUUUCGUAGCUGUCUAUUUACCACCACAAACCGAUGCUGGCACUAAGACCGCACUCAACGAGCUCUAUAGGGCCAUAAGCCAACAAGAAAAUAUUCAUCCAGAGGCAGCGCUCCUUGUGGCUGGUGAUUUUAAUGCAGGAAAACUUAAAUCUGUUUUACCUCAUUUCUACCAGCAUGUCACCUGUGCAACUAGACGGGUCACCUUUACAGAUCACCUUUACUGCACACACAGAGACGCAUACAAAGCUCUCCCUCGUCCUCCAUUUGGCAAAUCUGACCAUAAUGCUAUCCUUCUGAUUCCUGCUUACGAGCAAAAACUCAAACAGGAAGUACCAGUGACACACUCAAUUCGGGAAGUGGUCCGAUGAAGCGGAUGCUAAGCUACAGGACUGUUUUGCUAGAGCAGACUGGAAUAUGUUCUGGGAUUCAUCCAAUGGCGUUGAGGAGUUUGCCACAUCAGUCACCGGCUUCACUAAUAAAUGCAUCGACGACGUCGCCCCCACAGUGACCGUACAUACGUAUCCCAACCAGAAGCCAUGGAUUACAGGCAACAUCUGCACUGAGGUAAAGGCUAGAUCUGCCUCUUUCAAGGAGCGGGACACUAACUUGGACGCUUAUAAGAAAUCCCGCUAUGCCAGUUGUCAAACUCAUUCCACGGAGGGCCAAGUGUCUGCGUGUUUUUCUCUUCUCCUUGUACUUGAUUGAUGAAUUAAGGUUAGGUCUUAAUUUAAAAGAAAAAAGAAAAACCUGCAGACACUAGGCCCUCCAUAGAAUGAGUUUGACACCCCUGUGCUACGCUCCCCCCGACAAACCAUCAAACAGGCAAAGCGUCAAUACAGGACUAAGAUCGAAUCCUACUACACCGGCUCUGACGCUAGUCAUAUGUGGCAGGGCUUGCAAGGUAUCACAGAUUACAAAGGGAAACCCAGCCACGAGCUGCCCAGUGACACGCACGAGCUGCCCAGUGACACGAGCAAACCAGACGAGCUAAAUACCUUCUAUGCCUGCUUCGAGGCAAGCGACACUGAACCAUGCAUGAGCGCACCAACUGUUCCAGACCCGUGUGAUCACGCUCUAUCUAGCUGAUGUUAGUAAGACCUUUAAACAGGUUAACAUUCACAAGACCGCAGGGCCAGAUGGAUUACCAGGACGCGUAUCCAGAGCAUGCGCUGACCAGCUGGCAAGUGUCUUCACUGACAUUUUCAACUUCUCCCUGACCCAAUCUGUAAUACCUACAUGUUUCAAGCAGACCACAUAGUCCCUGUGCCCAAGAAUGCCAAGAUAACCUGUCUAAAUGACUAUCACUCACAUCUGUAGCCAUGAAAUGCUUUGAAAGGCACACUCUUGUUACCUGUAUAAAAGACACCUGUCCACAGAAGCAAUCAAUCAAUCAUAUUCCAAACUCUCCACCAUGGCCAAGACCAAAGAGCUCUCCAAGGAUGUCAGGGACAAGAUUGUAGACCUACACAAGGCUGCUCAAGAAAGCACAUAUACAGGCCCGUCUGAAGCUUGCCAAUGAACAUCUGAAUGAUUUAGAGGAGAACUGGGUGAAAGUGUUGUGGUCAGAUGAGACCAAAAUCGAGCUCUUUGCCAUCAACUCAACUCGCUGUGUUUGGAGGAGGAGGAAUGCUGCCUAUGACCCCAAGAACACCAUCCCCACCGUCAAACAUGGAGGUGGAAACAUUAUGCUUUGGGGUGUGUUUUUCUGCUAAGGGGACAGGACAACUUCACCGCAUCAAAGGGACAAUGGACGGGGCCAUGUACCGUCAAAUCUUGGGUGAGAACCUCCUUCCCUCAGCCAGGGCAUUGAAAAUGGGUCGUGGAUGGGUAUUCCAGCAUGACAAUGACCCAAAACACACGGCCAAGGCAACAAAGGAGUGGCUCAAGAAGAAGCACAUUAAGGUCCUGGAGUGGCCUAGUCAGUCUCCAGACCUUAAUCCCAUAGAAAAUCUGUGGAGGGAGCUGAAGGUUCGAGUUGCCAAACGUCAGCCUCGAAACCUUAAUGACUUGGAGAAGAUCUGCAAAGAGGAGUGGGACAAAAUCCCUCCUGAGAUGUGUGCAAACCUGGUGGCCAACUACAAGAAACGUCUGACCUCUGUGAUUGCCAACAAGGGUUUUGCCACCAAGUACUAAGUCAUGUUUUGCAGAGGGGUCAAAUACUUAUUUCCCUCAUUAAAAUGCAAAUCCAAAUUUAUAACAUUUUUGACAUGCGUUUUUCUGGAUUUUGUUGUUGUUAUUCUGUCUCUCACUGUUCAAAUAAACCUACCAUUAAAAUUAUAGACUGAUCAUGACUUUGUCAGUGGGCAAACGUACAAAAUCAGCAGGGGAUCAAAUACUUUUUUCCCCUCACUGUAGCUCAUCAAAUGGCUACCCGGUCUACCCGCAUUGACCCUUUUUUGUACUAACUCUCUUGCACUGACUAUGCACACACACUGGACUCUACCCACACACUCACACAUACUUACACUGAUGCCCCAAUACACACACACACACACACUACAUACGCCAACACACACAUAACAUGCACACACAUGCAUACUGAUGCCACACACACACUCUCUCACACACUCACACACACACACACACAUUAUUUAUUGUUUUAUUUUGUAUCUUAUCUUUAACUGUGCGUUGUUGGAAAAGGACCCGUAAGUAAGCAUUUCACUGUUAGUCUACACCUGUUGUCUACGAAGCAUGUGACAUUUGAUUUCACCAUACGCCUCUCAUCUGCUCGUUCCACCACACUGCCCCUCUAAUAACGCGUGUCUGUGUUUUAACAGCAGCCACAUCUUCCGUAAGGAGCCAGAGGAGCGAGGGAGAAGUCUCAGCCGUGUCAUUUGGGAUUCAGCCUCCAUAUGUUCCAGGGCACAGAAGGUUGCACUCCACCUCCUCUCUCCCCCUCUUAGCUCCAUCACAGAGCCCAGGGCCUCCCAGAGAAUGAACCCAGGGGAAUAA